UGAACUUUGGGUAAUGACCGAAAGAACAAGAUCGCGGAUACAAGCAGCUGAAAUGGGUUUCCUUCGCAGGGUGGCCGGGUUUAGCCUUAGAGAUAGGGUAAGGAGUUCGGACACUCGGGAGGCGCUCAGAGUAGAACCGCUGCUCCUCGACGUCGAGAGGAGUCAGCUGAGGUGGCUCAGGCAUCUAGUUAGGAUGCCUCCCGUUAGAAGUGUUCCAGACAUGUCCCACCGGGAGGAGACCUCGUGGCCGGCCCAGGACCAGGUGGAGGGAUUUUAUCUCUCGUCUGGCCUGGGAGCGCCUGGGAAUCCCCCCUGGAGGAGCUGGUGAAAGUGGCUGGGGUUAAGGCCGUCUGGGCUGCCCUCCUGAAGCUGCUGCGACCCGGACCCGGAUGAAUCGUAAGAAAACGACGACGAUGAUGACGAUGAUAGUCUCAAGUCUCGAUUGAGUGUUUCUCAUCAUGAUCUCAACAAAUAUCUGACAGAUUCUCAAUGAGGCUCAGGUAAGGGAAUUUGGCUGGCCCAGUUAAUAUGAUUAGCAAACCACUUAGUGGUAGUUUUGGUUUUGUGGGCAAGCAGGAACUGCUCAAAAAUCUCCUGGUGGACAGUGGACCAGCACCAGCAGAUGACAUGACACCCCAACUCAUCACAGACUGCAAAAACUCCAGGCUGGACCUUUGUGCCUCUUCACUUUUCCUCCAGACUGCUUGAUUUUAAAGAUCAAAGUGAAAUGCAAAUUUUUCUUUGAUCUGUAAAAAAGACUUUUGAUCACAGAGAAACAGUUAAAUUUUCUUUCCUCCUUAGCUGGGCAGGUCACUUUUGGCAUUAUCUCUGGUUAAGGAGUUGAAAUAUGACAGCUAUAGAUCCUUUUCUGAAGACAUCUGUGCACCAGCUUCUGUCCACUCGCAUCAAGUUAUACAACAGCUGGCAUAACAGGAAGUUGUUUUGCAUGGGCACUACAUAGUAUGUGCCCUUUUUGUGGGGUUGCAGGUGAUAGUAUCACAUAUAUCAGUGGUUCUCAACUAGUGGGUCCCGACCCAAAAGUGGUCAAAAAAGUAAAUAUUUAACAUGACAUUUAUAGAUAUUUGAUAUUCUGAUAUUUGAACUAUUCUGUAUAUGCAAGUUCAGUAGUUGUCAUCCUCAUGUUGUCCCCUUCGUGUGCUCUGAAAUGCACCUUACUCAAUAAAACAAGUGGAUUUAUGACCACACGAUAGCAAUACACAGCGAUCUGAGGAGCCAUAGCACCAGCCACCAAACAUCUUUUUAACUUUGCCUGAUUUCUUUUGCAAAGAGACUAAACACAACUCACCUACUCUCUUUCAGCAGCCGCUUGUUUGUAGCAAGACCUCAGGCCAGUCCAUUACAGUCUUCUGCGGGGUGACGCAGCUCAAUUUUUUUUAUCAUGUCCUUGAAGUAAUAAUCACCAUAUUAAUCAUUUUGCACUGCAGACACGAUAGUUCUUCGGCCUUAGUGUCUCGGUCUGAUUGCAUUUCCAUGAAGAAAUGAUCAUACAUGUUCUUCCUUGAGCUUCGUCACCCCGCUGUAGUCUGUAAUGGACUGGCCUGAGGUCUCGCUACAAACAAAUGGCUGCUGGAAGAGAGUAGGUGAGUUGUGUUUAGUCUCUUUGCUAAAGAAAUUAGGCAAAGUUUAAAAGAUGUUUGGUGGCUAGUGCUGUGGCUGGGACCCUAUAUGUACUGUUGAUGAAGUUAGGUGCUGUUCUCAGCAUUAUUUGUGGCUUUAGAGUGGCGUUUUGGUUGAGGUUUGUUUAUGGCUCCUCAGACCGCUGUGUAUUGCUAUCAUGCGAUCUUUGCUGAAGUUGGUAUAAAUAGAGAAGCAAGCAGUCGGCAACAUUCAUCUCUCAAGGGGGUGUCUAACUCUGUGUUUGACCCAAGGUUAAUUUUACGCCGGAAUAUCCCUUUAAAGCGGCUAAGAGACAAGUUUAAAAUGUCUCAAAAGCGAGGCAUCAGAUGAGGAUUUCCUCAAAAGGGGGUAGUAGGCAACCACUAUAGUAAUACUUAAGAGGGAAAAGUAAUUUAUAGUGUAAUAUUGAGUUGUCUCAUGAUCUCUCUGUAUAGAAAGUUUAGUUUUGGCUGCUGAAAUGUCUCAAAUAUCCACAAGAUGGCAGCGCAGGGCCGUCCUAGAUUAGGUGAGAAGCUCCACAGGACGUACCCAUCAUUCAACAGCUCAUCUGACAUAUUCAUCACCUUGAAAUUAAAAUAGACGCACAUAGGGCAACAUGUGGGAGCUAUUCCUGAUGUUGUUAGAUUUGGUGUUAAACAGAGAAAAAAAUGCUUCAGUCUUGAGUGAUUUUCAACCUUCUUUUAGGUGGAGGUGAUGAUGUCUCGGCAGGACUGGUGAGCCAAUUAAUCCAAUUCAGUUUCAAGCCUACUCAUUAAUCCCAUUUAGGUAAUUCGGUUGACUAAUGCCUCAUUUGCAUUACUCUGUCUAAAUUAGUGAUCAUGUCUAAAUUAGCCUGUUCUGACAAUAUCCAAUCCUUCAGUUUUAUUAAUCAUCACCUUGCUAAGUUGCUAAUGAAAAUAUCUGUGAAAUGAUAAUUCAGUUUGUUGGUAUAAAAAUAUCACCUUAUCACAUUCUAGUCGCCUUUUCUAAUUAGCGUAGAAAUGACUAAUGAUCACGUUGGGCUUCAUUAGGGGGUGAUAACUUAUGCAACGCAUGCGUCUUCGUGGAUCUGCUAUUGUGACUUCCAAAAUAAGACGUCAAAUGACAAUGUGACACAAGCCCCUCCACACACACAUACACUGACACACACACACAGUGAUCUGCGCACUGGAACGCGUUACCGGCUGAGGUACGGGCUGUGCGCUCCGGAGUCUCCAUAAAAGUUAGUGCGCACAAGCCCGAGCUGUCAGAGUGGGCAGAGUCGCGGAGGAGCAAAGAGGGGAGAGAGACUGAGGUGAUUGAUCGGGAUCGAUCCCCACUCUGAGAAAGUCAUCCACUCAUAUGAGGUGUGAGGAGGGGUUGAUCCUCGAGGUACGGCGCAGCAACUGGACGUGAAUAAAUCUCAUAAGAGAGUCUUGACUGACAACUGGUUUGUUUCUGGACUCUGUCGGGAUUAAAACACAGGGAGGUUUGGAUGCAGGUGGAUCUCGGCUGCGCAGCGGUGGAGGUGCUCUGUCUUGUCGUUUGUCGUUGUCUGAUUUUACGCGGAAAAAGCCACCAUUCCCGUUUUGUCCAGGACGCAAAUGCCUCCACACCAUAGAAGCAACACUGGAUUGUAGUAGCAGCAGCAGCAGCAGCAGCCCCACCGAUGGUUUGAGAGGGCGUUAAGGUGCGGGAAGGGAGUGGGACAAUUACAGGUAAGAGCCAGCCCUUACCCUCUCUUUGUUCAGAGUUCCCCUGCCGGUGUGUGCGCACAGUCAGCUCCUACGAAAGGUUUUUCGUAGGAGCUCCAAAUAUUGCAAGUUUUUCCCGUGAAAUGUCCCCAAAAGUCAUCAUCAUGCACCAAACUCCUUUGUGAAAUCUCACCUUUUUAAAAAUGUCAUCCUUAUUUUAGUGGGUGCAUCUUUCUGAUUAAUUUUUUUUCACAAUCAUAUACCUUUGCAAAAAAAUCGGCAUACUUAAUUUACCAAAUAGGGACUCUUAGACACACAAUACCCUGAAAUUCAGAUGUGUGAUCACAGUUGUACCAAUCUUUCCGUGAAGUGUCCCCAAAAGUCAUCAUCAUGCACCAAACUCCUUUGUGAAAUCUCACUUUUUUUAAAUGUCAUCUCUUAUUUUAAUAAGGGCAUAUUUCUGUUUUAUUUUUUCACAGUCAAAUACCUUUGUAAAAAAAUCGGCAUACUUAAUUUACCAAUUGGGACUCUUUAACACACAAUACCCUGGCUUCUGUGUGAUCACAGUUGUAUGAAGUCCACACACAGUGAGAUCAUUGUCACCUAGACACUGAGCUGACUACCUCACUUUUUGUGCAGUGGAGUUGUAGUCAGGAGCAGCCUGACCAGUGUAUUCACUAACAAACUGCUGUCAGAGAGUCAACUUAUUUCAGAGUAUUGAUUUGACCUCCAGCGCUGAGACUAAUGUCAGCUCACCUGAAGCAAACAGUGCGACUCCUCUGAUGAUGAAAUACAGUGACACAGUGGCAGCAGGCAGAGGCUGAGUGAUGUUUCUUCGCCGCACAAACAACGAGGCCUUUUCAAUGUUUGGAAUUUAGCAGCAACUAAAACCUGCAGACAGUGAGAUAAUGCAGAGGAUAAAGGCAAACAGGAGACAGACCAAAAUGUAGAUUUCUCACUCCAGUUCUGAUGGGAACGGUAGAGAAAAACAGCUCUGUGACGAGAUAUUAAACUGCACACUGGCUCUCUCUUUUCACCCCUUUUUCCUCACUUUUAGAUUACAGACACAGUGCCAAAUAUCCACCUGGAUGCCUUUAAACAAAUUCAUGCAAUUUUUAAUAAAAGUGAUCAUAACACAAGACAAAAUUUUCUGUUGGUCCUUUGGGGGCAUUUGGAGAGCUAGUGAAGCAUUUUGAAAAAGUACUAAGGUGCUAAAACUUUAUUUUUGAAUAGUUUUAGGCUACACUAUCAAACAUUUGUGUAUAAUUAGAAUUAUAAAUGUGAUAAAUUUAACUAUUUUUGAUUAGAAAUAGACCUAUUAGUCUCCCUCACAAGGCCGAUAUCACUGCUACCUUUUAUCCAAUGAAAACUCAAUUAAUCACUCAUUAACUUCAUAUUAAAUCCGAAACAGUUUUUAUUUAAUUUAAAUGACAAUUUCACACUACUGGACAGAAAUCUUAAAGUUAUAUUUUACCGAUCUGAAUCCACAUUUGUUUGUAAAAAUAUAAGUUCAGUCAUUUUGUUUUUCAUUUGUUUGUAUUUCUUCAUUAUUGUCAAAUGCAAAACAAAACAAAACGAAAAAAAGCAGUGUGAUAUCGGCAUUUUGUAUUGGCCAACAUGUUCUUUCAUUAUCAGUAUCGGCCAGUGACUGUAAUCUGUCGACUCCUACUUUUAAUAGUAAGACUGAACACACAGUACCAGGGGUUGAUAAACUAAAAUUGACUAGAUUGUCUCAUUCCUUCUCCUGACCUCUCUCAGAACACAAUGUCCGGUCUUAAAACGUGGACAUCCCCACUAAGGUCUUGAAUUCAUUCGGCCUACAGAAGCUCAUUUUAAUCCGUUUUUUAACUUCAACAAGACAUACGACUCUGAAUCAUUCCCUGAUAUCUCUCCUGGAUUUUUUUUAACACUCAGAGGCAGAUUAAUGAACCUGUUCUCGACAUGCAGAAUCGUUGGCAGCUGUGCUCUUAAUAUGAUGAAGACCAUAUCCUCCUGAGUUGCCAGUUUUCCUUGAUUAACUGAGGCAAACGCCCCACAAAUGCCCAUAUGUAAGACGUUCAAAAGCAUUAGUCUGCAAAGCCAUGUGUGGAGAGAUAUAUGACUAGUGUGACUUCUUUAGGUGGUAUCAUCAGAAAUAGGCGGAGAGAAAGCGUCGUUUUCAUGGGUUUAAAGAUAGAUUGAUUCUCGAAUGGGAUAUUGUUCAUUUUUGAACACUAGUUUAAAAGAUAAUCAAGUUUGUGAUUGGUUUACAUUUACUCUUAACCAUCUAACAAGUCAGUUUAAACAUUACUUCACUGUAAAUCAAAGUUUACCACAGCCUGAUGAUGUAUUUAAAUAUGUAAUUUAAUCAUAUAAAGGUACAAAAUGAUGGAAAAAUUUCUAUCUGGGGACCACCAUAUUCAUUAUGUGACCUAACCCCUUGGUUUGAAAAUACUGGUAUGCAAAAAUGUUAAUUUUUCACUGUUUUGCUGCUAGUUCUUCUUGUGGGAUUAAAGACCUGUCCUGAAAUUUCCACUCUCUCCUCCACUUUUGCUGUCUGUCUCUCACGGCACAGCAAAGGGACGCAGCAAAUCACAUUAUGACGUCUCUGGCAACUUCCUCUAACUUUUAUAGCAGCCAGCAUCUCCUUCCCCGAGCCAAACCCUGGCAGCCUCGGUGUUCCCCAGUUAGCAAGAGCAUUAGCAGCAGCUCUUCCGCCAUGAAUCUUUCAGGUUUGAAGCCGACUGGCUCAGGUCGCACCGCCCCCGCUCUCUCUCUCCCCCCCAACUGGGCGACCUGGUGCUGACCGUCUGGCCAACUCUGGCAGAUCGUCCAAUGUCACCUUCACGUGACCUCGUCUUUGCACAGACUCACCAUCGAUCUAGAGUGAGGCUUCAUGGUCUGCUGCUCCACGCGAACAAGCCUGUCCAGUCCUGCAUGAGAACAGCUGAAACACACAGGAUGGCAGCAGUGAGGGUCCACGAUUCUGUCUUAUUAGAAAACAGGAUUUCUGGACCUACAUUUAUAAUUAAAGUCAUUUAAGUCACAAGAGAAACAAUAUGAAGAAGCAAAGAGAAAAGUUAUACUCUCUUCAAGUUUCACAAAAUAUAUAUGGAUGUGAACUUUGUGCAUACUCUAAACAAUAAGUGUGCCUUUUGUUUAAUCAUGUAGAAGAAAGAUAUGUAAAAAAGCGAUCCAGAGGAACCUACAGCAUGAUGGAGCUCAGCGUCUCCUGGACAAGGACUGUGGUUUAGUGACUCUAAUGGUUUUAUUACAGUAAAUAUAAUCACAACCUGAUAUGAACUCUCUGUUUGGAAUCUCUUUUCAGGAUGAUUAAAAAAUAGGAACAAGCAACAAAACAGUCGUCAACAGAUACUUUAAACAAAGGCUCAAUUUAACACUUAGAUCUUAGCCGGCGAUCCCACUUGACAUUGUUAAUAUAGUUUACAGUUUAUCGGGAACUAUACCGCGUAUUUCUACGGGAUAAAAAGUGUUCAAAAGCUUACCCUUUUGCUGAUCUAUUGAAGGUUUCCAGGCAUUUCUACACCAGCCACAAGGUUUACAAUCCAGCCAAAAAAAUAGGCAUUUGAUCAAAGACAUUUGAUGGUAAAUUCGCAGUGAUAUACCAGUGAAAACAUGAUUAUUUAUCAUAUUGUUGUGAUAAAAAAGAUCGCUGUUGCUAAAUGCCGCUAAUGUCUUCCGGGUUUGACAAGCUGUCAAACUUCAAACCAAUUUACAUGGUCUCAUAUUCUUCUUCUACUGUUCCCUUGAUGGUAGUGUCCAAUAAGAGGCAAUCAAAGAUCAACGAGAGAAGAAAGUUCCCUGCUUGUCUGCACAAUAAGAAAUAAUGGUCCUCAAUGCUUGGAAACAAGCAAAGAAGAGAUUAUGAGCAGUAUGAUGUGGCCCUCUGUCUCAUCCCAGACAGGAACUGCUUCAAGGAGUGGCAUAAGCAACUGUAAAUAGCAAAAAAAAACGUCUGGAAGAAUUAGUGUAAAUAUGUAAAUAGUUUCUGUUGUGUGUUUGUUCCAAUCCCAAUAUUUCUCUUCCUGAUAGCCAAGACUAGAGAGAAUGAUUUGCAUGUGAGAUUUAUUUAGAUUUAUGUGCAAAGUACUGUUGGUAUCAAUUUCCGUUUUUGUUUUUUGGUUGACUUUGAUGGUUCUGAAUCUACUGUCACAUUCAUUUUACAUAAUUUUGCACCCAUAAACUGACAGCUGAAAAAAGGCGGACCAAAAAUAGCAAAAUAUAGCUGGUAGUUCUAAGGGUUAACUGAUGAUUAUUGGUUUGUUUGUUUAGAAACUGCAGAAGAAAAACUAAAACAGUCAAUUUUGUCUUUUAAUCACACAGGGGAUCCAUAUGGACACCCAUCAACAACAUUCAGUUGCCCUUCUAAUUGAAUUAGGAGAUAUCUCUGGGGGUGAGGGCACUGAGCAGUGAACAGAUUGUACUUUGUUCAAUCUGUCCUCGUAUUGUAACCAACACAUCGUAACAUUCCCCUGCUGACUGAUGACGGGGAAACAAAACAGUGCGAGUCGAUGAAUUCGAAAAGAAUGUCUGUGCUCGACAUAUCUGAAGUUAUUAUCAUGGCAUGUCCAAUAACUGUUCGAUAUGAGGUUUUAUUUGUAUGAUAAAGACAGCUGUGAGACGGGGCAACACUGUUUCACACGGAGAAUAGACAGUUAUGCUCGAGAAAUUGUUACUGUGAACCUCAGAAAAGCUGCUCGGGGGAUUUUGCACUCGAAUGAGAGACUCGGAAAGAGGUCAGGUGCUCGAUAGAUGAGUUUGUGCUCCUGAAACCGGCGGAAUUUGUGUAAAAUAUCGGCGGCUGAUUGGCACCCUCUGUGCCAGCGUUUGAUGUGAGUAGGAAGGAAGCGAGGCCUUUUUCUCCCUCCGCUCUCGCUCUCGUUCUAUUUGAUGUGCUGCACGCUCUGCUCUCGCUCUGUUUCAUUUGAAGUAAAACAAACUCAGCUGCUGAAUAAACAGGACCUCUGAGGAAAUGAUAUAAACAGUAGAAUCCGGUUCUGGUGCGUUUUUCACUCUGACCUGUGUCGUCUUCUCCUGUUCGGAUUUUCGUAUCAGUCUCCUGCCGACACUUUCUGGGACGUUUUCGCCAUUUUUCUCGUCUUCUGCUGUAGACUUCAGCUCACCGAAUGUGUGAUAAAUGUGACUGUAACCCCCCGCCAUUGAUUUUUACUUUCUCUUGCUUUAAUACCCUCUAACCACACUGCUGUGGACUGUGAAUACCCACACUGUGACCCAGAGGUCUGCUGUCUAAUACCCCACACUUCCCGGGAGAGUUCCAGUCUGUCCUCUUUAAGAAAAACAACACCGCCGUUUUUUCAUUUUCCUUUUUUUUCACCACAAUCUGAGUUUUGUACUUUGUAACUAGGAUUUCAACAUCUGUCGCCCUUCUGCAUGUUUCUCUUAAAGGUGCAUUUGGAGGUUAAAGUAAAUGCGACUUUGUAAAUGUGUAAACUUGAAGAUUAACUAAAGCUUGCUGACAGUUUGAGCAGAAAUUCAGCAGAAUUUGUCUGGUGGUUCUUCGUUGUAGCUCCACUGAGUUUGUGUUUGUGCCAAACCCAUAAAAAAGGAUUUGUUGCUGUCCAUUGUGAACACUAAAAUAACACGGUGGACUAUUACUUUAUUUUGUUAUCACUACUAUUGUUUUUUGUAUGUGAAUAAUAUUUACAAAACUACAGAUGAAUGACAUCCAAUCUAUUUUUACUGAUUUUUGGUUUUCAUCAUAUCAGUUUUGGACACCUUAAGAAUAGCUUUGCAUUAUUUGUUGCUCGAGAAAUCUAAUUUUUCUUAGUUUGACCACCAUUUAGUGUGUUGCCUCAAGUGUUUUGGCUCGGCAGUGUUGGGCACGAGUCGUGGGUGUUACUUUUCACACAGCUUUCAGUCACAAAAUGACAAAAAAGUCCUGCCUUUACACAGGAGGCCAUUAGCGCCCACUUAGCUCCUCGUUUAGCUCUGUUAGCUUACGUUGGGUAUUGUUACGCUGCAGAAAGUCCUUAUAGCUAGAACAGCCCCAGGUUUCAGUAGCAAAUAAGAGUCAAACCGUUCAUUAUACUGGCCAUUGUUGACACAAGGAUCAUCUGGAAAGUGGAGCAGAGUUUAAAAAAGGGAACGGGUGGUCGUGUCCUUUAGCAUCACCCUGUAAAAGUCAACGAACUCUUGCGAUCAGCAGCGGAAUGGAAAGAAGCCGUUGGAAAUUGACACAUUUACUUGAAUGGUUCCGAUCAGCUACGAUCGGCGGAUACAGACUUUUCGUAGCCGUUCCGAAUGCAGUAGAAAUUGCCCGUAAAUCGGAGUAAGUACGACUUUGCAGUAUGGAUGUUCAACAUCGUAACAGUUCAUGUCUGUACUGAAAACUUAUCAGGAUAAUAGGACUACAUUCAAAAAUACAUAUACUGUUACAAAGGCACAUGUGAAUAGACAAUAAACAUACCUGCUAAUGAACAGGUGAACCACUGACUCCUGUUUUCAAUGAAGCCAUUCUUCCUAAUUGUGUUCCUCAAAUAUUGUGACGCCUGGCUACAACUAUGAGCACAAGAAUAAAGACUGAAAUUCACUCCCUUCAAAGCAGCAUCUCCUUAUUUGCAACAGUUACUCUAGUUAAUGAGCUCAGGGUUCCUCUGUUUGCACACACUUCACCUUUUCUUCAUGCACUUUUGCUUUCUCUGUAAAUACUUCAAAGGUCUAUAUUUUCUCCUUGCCAUCCCAGAAUCCUUGGCAGGACCCCUCUGGCCUUUCAUAUUUGCACAAACCCCCCUCCUCCCCAUCCUUCCACCCAAAAUCCAGCUCUGCUCCAUGUCAGCUGUGAUCCCAUUUCAUGCAGAAGGAGGAAGAGAGGGAGAAGGAAAACAGGAGAUGAGGCAGAGUGAGAGAAAGUCAAAAACACGAGGAGAUAAGACGGCGGUCCACAGCCCGUGUCCAAGUUUUUCCCCCCGUGUGCCCGCUUUAUCUCCUCAGCAGCGUCUUAGUGCUGCUCAGUGUGCAGCCCAGUGGUGUCUAAACAUGUGCCCGUCAUGCAAGAUAACUCCAGCCUCCAAACAAACAAACACACCAACGCACAAUUUGGACAGCAGAAACAUCGCUUUCCCCCAUACCCCCUCAUUCCUGCUGAUGGUUGGUGCAGAGCUGAGGGCGAACAGUACCUUCCUGUGAGACCAAAUAUCCCGUUUGGCAGCUCUCAGUGUUCUCAAAACCAACAAUGAUCUGAGACACGAAAUCAGAACUAAUUAUAGUUUGUUCAGGUUACGACUAAGGUCGAAGUCUUCUCCCGCUAUGUUUCUCUCUGUUCCUCAAACUCACACGUGAAAAGCUUGGCUGAAAAUACGGCGGAGGUCUCAACUAAGCAAAAGAAAAAAGACAGUAAGCGAUUGUCUGUAUGUGUCUCUAUGUCAGAGGAGUCAACAAUGGUAGUUUCCUUGCAGCUGUGAAGCUCUUUCCGGUACAAUCUGGAGUUUGAAAUCCUGCUCACCUCCUGUAUUGGUGGUUAAACUUCAAUCUGAAGUAACGCUAAAAGCUUUCAUGCACAGACCCAACGUCUGCCAACAAUUUGCGCAACAUCACGCCACUUUUCUCUACUGGUUACUUGUUUAUACUGAGAAGCAGUGAAAACAGCACAGUUUAGGCAGCACAGCGCCAUCUCAUGUGUUCAUUGCACAGGAGAUGAAAAAACAGAUCUCAUAAGCCAAAGUUUGCAGUUUAGAAAGUGUAAUGGGGCGCUCACACCAACCGCUAGUAAAACCAUCUACUCGCUUAAUUCGCGCGAAUCUAGACGCGUGACUGAAUAGUAUUUACUCACUUAAUUCGCGCGUAUUAACAAUGUACCAGGUAAUCCGACCCUCUCACUCACUUUCCUUCCAGGCGAGCUCCUUUUUAUUCUGAUUUUCGUACUUAAAAGAAAAGGUAUCAUAUAAUUCGGGGCCGCACACUGACACGAUCAGUUUGUCCUCCAUUUUAGAUACCAGCGAACAACCGUCUGUUUUCAUACGUCACCAGGCAACCGUCGUGCUGAUUAGUUAUUGCGGCGCAAAUAUUCGCUCGAGUUGAGAUAUUUUCAGCUCCAGCCCAAUUUGUGUCAUUCCCGCCGCCAGAGUGGUAGGAGCGUCUAUUUGCAUCUUUGCAUUGACUUAACAUGUAAUUCAUUCACGCGAAUGAUUUUACUUGCGCUUGGUGUGUGGAGACAGCGACAAAUGUAUGCAAAGUCCACAAAAGUGUUAAAUACAGCUGUAUCAACUUCAGGUUAACCGCUAUUGACGGUUAAAACGUUACUUGAAAUACAAGUCAGAAUAAAAGUAGAAGUUGGCUUUUGAGCGUUAAUCAGCAGGACUAAUUGCAAUAAAUCAAAGUCAGAAAUGUUUCAAUCAUAUGAAUUUUGUCUCUUUUGGUACCCUGUAGUUAAACCACUGCAGUGUCUUCCUGCUUCCUGCUGCUGCCAUGAUAGAAGAUAAAACCUCCACACUGAUGCACUUUUGUGUCUAACAGGAUUAUCACAAUAUUAUAGAAAUAUUUUGAGCUGUUCUGCACAUUUUGAACUUGUACUCCUACAUGUUUUUUUCAUGUUUAUACCAGAAGAACAACAACUGUUUAUCACAGAGUAAGCACUUUAAAGUUGUCUCCUAUCUAAGUCCACACUAAUGCAGCAGUGCAUUAUAAUUAAUAUAUCAAUCAAGAUCAUCAAUUGACUCCCAAAUGGUUAGUUGAUACUUUUGUAAUUUUGUAACUCAACCAAAAACAAUAUGUACAUUUAUCUGAGGAGAGUUUUGCUGUCACAAAAUUUGCAUCUAAACUGCAUGUGCAUAGACUUUAGGACUCUGAGAGAGAGAGUGUCUUUCUCGGUGGAUCUGCUAUCCAUUGCAGGGAUGCUGUAUUUAUUCCUCUGCUCAGUUGUGCAGAUAAAAUUAACCUUGCAUAAACUCUGACUGCAAAUAGAGUCCAGCAGGUUCCUGGCACUGAAUGGCUUUGAGGUUAUUGAAGAGAUUACUUCAGUUGGAAAGGCUUAAAAAAAGACUAUCUGGACUGACAGUGUAAAUAUAACUCUACUUUAUGUUCCAACGGGUUUUAAAGUUAAACAAGCAUGAGGAGGAGAAAUGUAAAAAAGUUGGCAUUUAUUUUUGGGAAUAUAUUUUCUGAUUAAUCACAGUCUGUUGCACUCUAGUUAGCUGCAUAACCUUGUCAAAUCUCUGGUCUGCAGCUGGAUUUAGAAUUGGGAGAGUUACAUGUGAGAAGAAAUGAAUAUUGCGCUCAUGGUAAGAAACAGGGCAGAGAGGUCAACCGUGCCGCUAUUCACACUCAAAGUUUCAGAGCUCCGGUGGCCACGAGAGCAAUAAACCAAUCUUUGUGAAGUGGAUCGUUUUAUGGUGAUAUUAAAGCAAGUUUGGUGACACUUUAUGUAAAUUAGCCUGAUAAAUAUAUUCAUAAGGCCGUAUAAGUGUGCUUAUGAGGCAUCAUAAGAGUUCAGUGUAGCAGUUUUGAUGAUACAAUGUGCUUUAGCAGACGCUUUUGGAUGUACGUUUGGGAGUAAGUAGGGGAGACCAGGGCUUGUUGUCAAAUUGCGAUUAUCUCUGCCACCAGAGGGCGCAACUAAAAAGUGGAAUACUAGUUUUCUUUCAUUACACGGUCAGGGGUUGUGUCCUGUCUGGGAAUCAUUUUGCACAACCAAAAGUAAAAAAUUUUAACUUUAUAUAUUUUAAAAUAAGCUUCUUUCAGAUAAAAAUCCCAGCAGUGUAACAUGUGGACUUGUUAGAGGAGAGAUUAAGACAUCCUGUCAUACCUCGGUCAUUGUUCCUUUUUAAGCUAACUUAAAAAUGAGCAAAUAUGGUAGUUUGGGGCAACAUGUCUCAGUCAUUUUGGGUUUAGUUGUCACAUGUUUAAAAGGGGUUAGAAUUAACAUAGAGAAUCUGCUUAUGAGCCGUUGUCAUACAGAAAUUUUGACUUUAUUUUUACAGAGAAGAGAGGGGUAUAAAGAAGAGGAGAAAGUGAGAAGACAUGGUCAGGAAUUACAAAAGAAAAACAGAACGUGGCAGUGCAGUACCUGACGUGAUGCUGAGGGCAGUCAGACAGGUGAUCUUAGCCAAUAAAUCAAUCUGGAGAACAAUUAAAGACUUUAAUGUCAACUACCAUACCUUAGCUUGACACUGCAAAACAUUCACCCCAGCCAAAAAGCAGAGUCAGACAGCUCUCCGAACUCCAGUGCAUGUUGCAUAAUAUUUUAUGUUAAAGUUUGUUUAAUGACUUCUUCUAGCUCAGUGAUAAACAUUUUCUGUGCCUGACUUUGAUAUUCACUUUAAAGUAAAAAAACUAGAACAACAAUAAUUUUGUCCUUGUUUUAUAAGCUCCAAAAUCCACUGUGACAUCUAACCCCGUGUAGUGAGACAACUUACCCGAUGAUGGGGCAACAUGUCGCAUGUUCUCACUCUCUAUUUGAUCACUUAUAACGCUGCACUGACACAAGAUAUGAAAAUGACAUGAAUAUGAGAUAUAUACCUGAGACUUUGGUCUUUCGUGUUGUACACGUUUUGUUUAUAUAUGAUGUACUGAUUGCAAGAAAUAUAUAAGAGUGUAAAUAAAAAGUGUGACAACAAACCCUGGUCUCCCCUACAAUCCAAGCAAAGAUCCAGUCGAAAAGAAACAACAAGAGAAAGAGCCACAGUGUAAGUGGACGUUGUCAUGACUAUAUAAACAUAUACGUUUACAUAUAUAUGAAGUGUUACCCGAGUUUUUCCUGCAUGGCUUGUCGUCUUGAAUAUGGCACCUGUCUGCCUGGUAGUAAUACACAGAAAUCCUGCUUUCAUGUGCAGACAUAAGCAACUUCACAGAGAAUAUGUUUUUCUCAGUAGACAUGAAUAUAAAAUAUGAAUAUAUAUCAUAUUCAUGCAGAAAUGCACAUGAACGGCUUUUUAAACUCGAGAUAUUUGGUCUAUAAGUCAACGUUUCUUUAUUUAGGAUGUUUGUUAAAUAUUCACUUUGGUGUUGGUUGGUUAUGUGGAUAACAUACAGACAGCCCUGGCAGCCUCUCAGCCCACACACACACACACACACACACACACACACACUCACAGUGAGCUGCACGCCUGGUUUGGCUCACUCUGCAUCCCCGGGCUAUUUAACCCGGGGGCUGUAACCUAAAGACCCGAUACUGGCAGCCUGCGGCUUCCAAUCUGACCGCUCUCCCCCACUUAUCUGGCAAAUAAGCCGUUUUAAUUGCUUACACACAGAGCCCUAUCAGGCCAUGUAGUGAGCAUGGAGAUAAGGGUUACACAGAGUCAGGCAUUAGUAACAGGAUGAGAGGACCGCAGAAAAACAGAGCUGCGGGGUCCCAAGAGGAAGAAGAGUCAGGAAAUAGCCAAGGCCUUCCUAUUAAUUUCUAACUUGCAGAGCCGUUUCUGGAGCUAACUGUGGGGCUCAGGAGACGGCCGCUGUGCACCCAAAUCAAAGCAAAUUGGAGUUAUCUCCUUCAGGUGGAGGUGCAGGAGUGCGCUGACAGUAUCGGCGGUGAGACAAGGUGAAGACCAGACGUGUAAUUGUGCAGGAAGACCUUGAAAAAUUCAUCUUUUACGCACAUUUUUCAGGAAAAAAGGAGGAAAUGUUCAACACUUGCAUAAUCAGAAUCUUUAAUUGAGCUGCUUUGGUGCAUAAAAUCUCACACAGUUCUGUAGGAAUGUACAAAUCAGCAAGAAAAGAGAGCAAAAGAAGCUUCAAAUGCUACUCUUCCUUUAAAUUAGACCACGAGGGUCAUUUUUGAAGGAAUGCGUAUCGAUAUUUUUACAUUUCAAGGCGUUGUUCUUAGAUUUAAGGCUCCAGAGACCUCCCCUCUGCAAAAGGAAAGGAUCGUUGAAGUUUGGCUGUGUACUGUUUUGACCCACGUGGCCCACAUGAAGAGCCAGGCAACACAGCGGCGGGGUAAAUGUCAGCUACACUAGGCUUCUAAUGAGACCAGAGACUAAGGAGAGGGCUGACACCAUCAUAGGCUCUGCACUCACAGGCUCAUUUACAUUCCACCAGGCGACAGCUGGAGAUAUGAGGGGGGGAGAGGCAGAGCGGAAGAGCAGGAGAGAGAGAGAGAGAGAGAGAGCCGGGGCGACCGAGAUGCAGACAGAAAAAAGAAAAAACAUAUUAGUUUUCAGUUUGCAAACAUCUCUCAGCAGACAAAAUGAUCUCACUGGUUGAAUGAAGCUUCUGCCGGUGGAGCUGAUGUUGAUUCUUUUCUGGUGAAAGCUGCAUAGUCAAUAUUUUUACACCAACACUGUCUAUAGAAUAACCAUGUUUGAUGAAAGCAGAGUCAGAUUUGAAGUAAAUCAUGACAAAAUCCUUUAGUUUGAGAGUUUUGGCAUCGAUAAUACUCAGAGUACUUGGUUUAAUACUUCGGUUUAAUUGUGAACUGUGCGCUUACACAUCAACUGUACCAACUCAGUUAAUCAUGCUUGGUCGAAACAAAACUACGACCAAGAUUUAAUACUUGUAGCUGCAGCAGGCGUACAUUACGUCUGUCAAUAAUCAAACCUGAGUAUUUUAAGGAAUUGGAUGUUUUUGCAUUGUGGGUACUUUUUUGUAUCGAUUUCACUUAAAUUUGACAAGUUUUAUUAGGGUUAGCCAUUUUAUUCUCGCUGUUUUUACUGCGGUCAAUCCACUUGUCAAUCACAAGUCAGCUGACCCUAAAUUUGAGCUGCUUGCUCACUCCAAGCCUGUUUUUAUGCUUAUUUUAACGUUUUAUUUUAAAAACCAGAGAUCACUUAAGUGUAUUACAGUGUCGCUAACUUUACGUCAGCCCUUGCUGGGCCGUUUCAUAAGUUAGACACCCACUCGAGAGAUGAAUGUUGCCGACCGCUUGCUUCUCUCGUUAUAUCGACUUUAGUAACAACAGCACAGUAGCAAUACACAGCGGUCUGAGGAGUCAUAAACAAACCUCAACCAAAACGCCACUCUAUAGCCACAAAUAAUGCUCAGAACAGCACCUAACUUCAUCAACAGUACAUAUAGGGUCCUAGCCAUAGUACUAGCCACCGAACAUCUUUUUAACUUUGCCUAAUUUCUUUAGCAAAGAGACUAAACACAACUCACCCACUCUCUUCCAGCAGUUGCUUGUUUGUAGUGAGACCUCGGGCCAAUCCAUUACAAACUGCUGCGGGGUGACACAGCUCAAGGAAGAACAUUUAUGAUCAUUUCUUCAAGGAAGUGCAACCAGACCGAGACGCUAAGGCAGAAGAACUACCGCACCUGCAGAGCAAAUUGAUUAAUAUGGUGAUUAUUACUUCAAGGAAAUGAUAAAGAAAUGAUCAUAAAUGUAAUAAUAAAAUAACAGUAGCCAUCAACCGCACCUACAGCUCCAACUGGUGGCCAGGAGGCUUCACUACAAAUUAGAUGCAACAUACAGUACAACUUCCAUUUAUGACUCAAAAUAUUGUAAUGUUAUAAUUUGUCACUCACCACUUAAUCUGGUGCCCACUAUCAAGUUUAGUAAACUAAAAGCACAUGCCUUUUGAAUUUAAAACAGAUCAUUUUGUAUCCAUCAUUGUGUCACUCAUAUUCAUGUAAAUUAGUCUGGUAUUGAUAAUAUUGAUACUUCAGGUAUUAAUUCAGCCAGUGCUCAGAAAAGGCGUUACAUUAGGGAGCAGGAAAGCUAAAAUGAUGAAGCCUGGAGCUCAGCUGCUAAAUAAAGCAGACCUUUCAAGUUCAGGCCAGCCACAUUUGCCCACAGCUAUCCACAUAAUCUUGUUUGCUUGCUUGGUGACCUUUAACAACACAAAUGCCAUGAUCACUAAUGAAUAAUAUAAGAACUUGCAUUUGUAAAAAAAAAAAAAAUACUCAUACAAACAAGGGUCUGUCCUUUCCAGCCUUCAUAUUAUGAUAAAACAUGUUUUGUCUAUUUUUGUUUCUACUUUUGAGAAAUUGGAUUCAAAUAGCUCUUAAUGCUUCAUCGUGUUAGAUCACAUGUCGCGCUGAGUGCCUCGUGUUUUAAAGGGGUGAUUUCGAGGUCUUAAAUCUCACAGUCUGACAGAGACAGACAUAAUUUGCUAAAAGAGAAUAAGAAGCGAUGGAGGCGGCGGUGAAUAAAGUCUACACCACAUCCCUCCCUUCGUAUCUCUAUAUCCUCACUGGCUCCUUGUCAAGAUACUGUUCACUCAUGGGAGAGAAGAGGAUAAAAAAAAAAAAGAAGAGGAAAUGCUUUCACGUCAGCCGGCAAGUACCGUAACAGCCCAGAAAUGAGUAACAGCAAGCCUCCGUGCACACUGCGGAUCCCACCUGAGUCUCAAGGUUCUGGGAUCUGUCGAUUUGUUGAUGCGCUGCCAGAUGUUCCAGGUGCCGCUUGAGAUCUUUAACAGUCUGUUAAAGUUGUCGUUUACGGUUUCAUACUCAAAUUAAUCAAUUAGCGAUGUAUGUUCUGGCCUGUGGAUUUUUUUAAACAGGAUUUUUAACAAGUGUCUGGAGACAGAGCGGGGAAUCCAAAGAACGCCACUGUCAAAUGUUGCAAGAAAAUGGACAAGUAUGCAGACAUCUUUGCCGGUUUUUAAGAUGAUUCUGCUUGUUUUUAUUGACACGUCAUCAGUUGCUCUUUAAUAAGAUAUAACAAUAACUGCAUGUGUUGUUACAGAUCAUAAAUAGAUAAAUAUGCAUUUGGAGUCAUACCUGUUGCAUGAACAUCAUCGCUCCUGCUUUCACGUAUGCAGGUGUUUCCUCAGAUAUUUCCUGCUGCAUCCUCACAUCUGCUUGGGGGCUGUCAGGAGAAAGAAUGUGUAAAGAGUUUUGUGCAUAUGUAAAUAUAUUGAAGUUUUUUUAUUGAAGUCAUCAGGAUAGCUACCGAGAGGAGUUCCCUCAGGACAAUUUAGCAGUGACAGAAUAAGCUGGCGUAGCCGACUUAGCCCCGUGUUUGCUAUGAGAUGGACAAGAUUCUCCUUCACCUCCUAUAAUUAAGUGGGUCCAACUUCCUAUGAUUGAAGAAGUGCUGAAAAGCCUCAGAGCUUAUCAGAUUAUAAAGCACUCCAACUGAAGCCACUCUGUCAGGUCUCCCUCCCAAACCCUGAGUAAUAGGAGGCAGAGAAUUUUCUAUGUCGACCAGGACGUUUAAUUAUUUAUUUUGCCCAAACACAAAGAUCAAAUCAGAAACCUUACAACACUUUUUGUUGCAGUGAAAACAGUCAGGGUAAGGAGCAGCUGCUUCUUCACUUUCCUGAACAGUCUUUUUUUUAAAAAGUGUAAGAUCUGGCACAGUCUGACAAAUAUCUGCGAAGACAGCUGUCUCCAUUUGUAGUGAAACAGGGUUUAGGUUCUUAAUUUAAGAGCCACACCUCUCAUUAAAACUUUCCUGCUUGAACAGUGAUGCUUCAGGAAGUUCUACGAAGCUGAUAGAAACACCUCAGGGAGGCGUAUGUGUCACAAGCUUUUUUUCAGACCCACUUAUAGCAACUUAUUGAGCGUGAUGAAGUUUCUAAGCAGGACACAUUCUGCUAUUCCACAAUCUUAAAGUGAGGGGGUCAAACUCCAUGACCCUCAUCCAACACUUAGAUCCAACCAGUAUCAGCCAUGAGUGCAAAAUGAAGAUUUUAACUCACUGCCAAACUUUAAACAAAACCGCUUUAGGCUUUUUCACAGAGGAUCCAAUUUCAACACAGAUUUCCAUCCAUCCAUUUUCUACCACUUUUCCUGUUGGGGUCGCGGGGGAUGGGGCUGGAGCCUAUCCCAGCAUCUUCAGGCGAAGGCAGGGGACACCCUGGACAAGUCGCAGGGUGACAUAUCGAGAUGAACAAUCAUCCACGCUCACAUUCACACCUAUGUGCGAUUUGAAAGUGGCCGAUUAGCCUAACCCCACUUCUGCAUGUUUUUGGGAUGUGGGAGGAAGCUGGAGUACCCGGAGUAAACCCACACCCCAACAUGCCGAACUGAGAGAUACAAGAAAUCACCAAUCCCAUAAAUGUGCAGACUAUUAAAUCAGAAUGGUGUUUAGCUUUUUAAGUCUAUAGGUUGUUGCUUCUUAAUCUGCAUUUUAUAUUUGAAGUUUUAUUUUUUGUAAUCAGCAAAAUAAUUCAGUGUUUUUAAUGGCAUCUGUCUUUUUUAAACAUCUGUGAUCAUGCUGAAAGCUGAAUAAACAAACAACAAACAACACACAGACACAGGGAGAACAUGCAAACUCCACACAGAAACGCCUUGACCUGGAUUCAAACCCAGGACAUUCUUGCAGUGAGGCGACAGUGCUAACCACUACACCACUGUGCCGCCCUCUCAACACAGACUUAAAGUUUAUAAAGGAAGAACCUGUUUAAGUUUGUUUAUCUGCUAUAAAGCAGGUCGUCUCUAAACAGGAUGGAGUGACAUGUACUCUGAAAAGUGGAGUGAUUUACUGCACUCGCCGCGAGCGCCACAUCUGUCAGUGAUGGAUGCGCCGCAGUGCCUCGCGCCGCUCGCUGACCAGUCAGAGCUGCAAAAUGAAAACAGAGUAAGCCUCUCUGCCACCCUCUUUUUUUUUCCCAGCCUCACAUGCAUAUUGAUAGAGGAUCGGUUCGCCACGGAUUGGCUGAACUGAAUAAUUCCUUUUCAGUCACUCUGAAGGACACGGCACAAUGCACAGUUCUCAAAGAGUCAACUUUAAUGAGUUUAAAGCAGCAUAGGAACCAAUUAUUUUGUCAAGCUCAAGGUGCUGGCAGCUAAUUACUGAACCCGUAGGGAGGAAACACUUAUGAUGAGAUGUCUCUCUUUCUCAGACAGCUCACCUGACUGUAAAAAUCAUCAUGUUAAGGCAGGAUAGAGCGUGGAAAAAUAUCAGAAUAAGGGAAGAUUGUCUUCUCUGGAAAAACAGCUGAUAGGCUGUAGGGUCUCCACAGGAGCUGAGGAGGGUCAUGUUUGGCUCCUCUGACUUGUUUUGAGGCACUUUGAGCAUGCUCAGUUGGGUCAUGAAUGUAAUUUAAGCUCCUAUUUCCGUUGGUAAGGUCCAGAUCUGGUAAUUCUUAAGACAGAGUUGCACUUAUCCAUAAAUGUUCACAUCCCUGGUUUCCAAAUCAGACAGAAUAGUCACCAUUUACAUCAGCAUCUUUGUGAGAAUAAAAUUUGGUCAGUGUGAUUUUAUUAACUGCUUACUUGGACAUCAUUCGUUUGUCCCUUCAGGUCUGUGGCAUCUCUCUGCUGAAUAAAUAAGCACAGACAAAAUGACGGUGGACGUUUUCUUUAGGAUUGUUACCUGGUCGUUGGCUCAGCAUUAAAGGGAUAUUCCAGCGUAAACUUAAUUUAGGGUCAAACACACCGUAACACCGAGUUAGACAUCCCCUCGAGAGAUAAAUGUUUCUGACUGCUUGCUUCUCUAGUUAUACCAACUUUAGUAACGACCGCACGAUAUCAAUACACAGCGGUCUGAGGAGCCAUAAACAAACCUCAACCAAAAAUCAAUCAAUCAAUCAUGAUCAUAAAUGUUCUUCCUUGAGCUGCGUCACCCUGCAGCAGUCCGUAAUGGACUGGCCUGAGGUCUCGCUACAAACAAGCGGCUGCUGGAAGAGCGUAGGUGAGUUGUGUUUAGUCUCUUUGCUAAAGAAAUUAGGCAAAGCUAAAAAGAUGUUUGGUGGCUGGGACCCUAUAUGUACUGUUGAUGAAGUCAGGUGCUGUUCUGAUCAUUAUUUGUGGCUAUAGAGUGGCGUUUUGGUUGAGGUUUGUGUGUGGCUUCUCAGACCGCUGUGUAUUGCUAUCGUGCGGUCGUUACUAAAGUUGGUAUAACUAGAGAAGAAAGCGGUCAGAAACAUUUAUCUCUCGAGGGGGUGUCUAACUCAGUGUUACAGUGUGUUUGACCCUAAAUUAAUUUUAUGCCGGAAUAUCCCUUUAACUCUUAAGUCCCCAUUAAAUCAUGGGAUAUAAUUCCAGUAGUUUUGAUCAGGCAGCAGUUCCCAUAAAUAAACUUCAGAUAAUGUACUCUGAACAUUUAGAGCUCCCCCUGGUGGGUCAUAAUGCUCACCUCCUCCAUCAUAAGACAUGAUACAGAAAUCUGAAGAAAGGCCUGCCAACUUUUUUAAACAUGUUCGCCGUCACAAUACAGAUUAUUCUCUUACAAAGGAAGUCAAGCUGUAAGUCUACACAACAAAAACAGGCCUAGACAGAAGUUUUAAAUAUAUAAUCAGCAUAUUAGUGCAGGUAAAGGAGAAAGAAGUAAGAAAACAAGAUUUUAAACAAACAUCAGAAGUUGAAUAUAAAUCUAAACAUCACGUCAUGAGUGAAAGAGAGGCAAAGUAACAACUUCCAGCGUUCUUUAUUGAGUUUUUCUGUCCAAUUAUCGCGUGUGAAUCUACUUUUUACCAUCUAAAAAGGCAAAAAUACCUCAAAGAUCACCUAAAGAGUGAGUAUCAGUGUAUUCGGUAAGUAUCUUGAAGCUCAAGCUGAAUACAGUUCGCACACUGACGUCUCUGCAUUCACUAACGAACAGUCUGACCAAGGCAAAGAAAGUCCAACUCUAAAGCUUUCCCUAUAGGCUCCUAAACAGUUCAUAUGCAUUUGUUUCAUAAAAGGGUCGACUGCACCCCGACCACAUGCUUAUACGCAUGCAGCUGAACCUGUGUGUCGACCCUCCGGCUUUCCAAGCUCGCCACACGCUGAGCGCAAUCAUUUACCCGCCCAAACAGCGCGUCAACAGCUCCCAGAGUGACAGGCCCUUUAAUGUCAGCGAUUCAAAAGAUUUCUGUCGUCGCUUUACCAAAUACGAGGAGUCAUGUGGUUGUGGAGGUUUUUAAGGGGAACUUCUGAGUGAUAGUAAUGAGCUCGAGAAGACAGCAGCGCGGCGGUGGUAGCCGGCACGGCGCCCAAUUAUCUGCUAGCACCUGUCGAAGUCGGUCGUGGCUGUACGGAGCGGCGCUUUCAGACGGCAUGAAUGCAAACCCACCUCUCUUCUUUCUACUCUGUGUUGUCUUCUCUUAUAAUGAGAGCAGGUGCUGCUAUAGCAUGAGCAUUAUAAAUUAUAUAUUUUAAAAGGGCCUCGGUGGAAAAAUCUCUGAAUUGUCUGGAUUCUUUCGAGCAUUCGCACUCUCGAGAGAUGGAGAGAUUCAAGUCAGCAGGAUUUCCUUAUUUAAAUGAGGAGAGCUGUUGUUGACUUCUAUCCAGUGAUGAGCAAACACAGAUGUCAGCAGAGUGACAUAUUGAUGAACUUUGUUUUUGCACGUUCUCGUCAAGAAUCGGCGUGUUUACAAGAAGCUAGAUUUCUGCCAGCUCUGUGCAGUUGGCGGAUUUUUCACCAUGUAAAACAGGACAGCUGAAAAAAGACUAAUUUUGACAUGAUCCUGUUUGAAUUGAACUAGUCUUACGUAUGGCGAGGAAGUCUAAUGUGCACAAUGAGCUCAGAGUAAACACACAAUGAACACUGAAAUAUUACCGGAGAUUACUUGGGUGAGUAAUGGACAAACAGGCUUUUUAGUCUGAGCAGAUGGCAGCAGUUUACAUUCUGAAUGUAGAGUGUAAGAAAAGUCAGCCAGAGUCGCCUGAACUUCUCAAAGUUCAAAUAAAAGAGCAUCAAAACUUUUCUUUUAAAGCUUCCCAUAAAAAGCUUAAAUCUGAGUUGCAUGACGGUGUAGUAGUAAGUGCUGCCUCACAGUAAAGUAGUUCCUGGUUUCAUUGCAUGUCUUCCUCAUGCAUAUGUGAGUCACAGUGGCGAUAUUUUUAUUGUAGGAUGGAAGGGGAAAGUCCCGCCUCCUUCGCCUCUGAUUGGCUAGAAAAGCUUGAAACGUCAUCACACGCUCAAGCCAAACGUGGGCUGUCGGCUCAGUACAUCGAACAGAACAUUACAGAACAUUAUCGCACUUCUGAAUCUCCUAACCCUAACCCCAAUCCUAAUCCUAACCCUAACCUGACAGAGGAUGAUGUUUCACAGCCAUUAGGAAUAACCAUUUGGAGCAAAGAGUCCAGCUUUUUCAGCUUUUCCAGCUAAUUAUUGUUGCAAUAAAUCAAAUUAAGUCCCUGAUAUGUAACAAUGACCCAAAAUCUAGUUUAAAAAAAAUGUAAUAAAACCUGAAAUGCAACAAGAUGCGAAGCCCAAAACGUAAAAACUUUUUUGACGAAAACGUAGCAACUUUUUACAUUUUGGGUCACUUACUACAUUAUGUUUAUUUAUUUAUUUUUUUUUCUUUUGGUUACACUUCACAAUAACCAUAAUUUAUAAAUCGUAAAUAGAUAGUUUAUUAAUGUUUAAUCAUCUAAAAACAGCAUAUAGACCGAUUAUAAAUGGCAAAUAGAUGGUUUAUUAAUGUAAGUUAAUAGUUACUUUACCAUUAACUAGCAAUGAAAUGAUGAUUAAUAAUUUUCAAUAAUUAUUAACAGACUAAUUAUUAAAAGUUUAUUUAGGGUUUAAAUAUUGGUUGUAAAACAUCUAGAUUAACAUGUGUGUCAGUAGCACUUUGUAAAUGAUUAAUAUUUGUUUUUUUAACCAUUACUUAGAUGGUUAUUGUAAAGUUGCAACUGAUGUUUGUAAUACUUUGUAAAAGAUUAAUAAGUGCUUUAUAAACCACCUAUAAACAUUACUUAGAUGGUUGUUGUAAAGUUAGGGUUAGGUUUUUAAAAUUCUAAAAUUUACAAUUUAUUAGUGGUCUACAUGCUUUUUAUAAAUGAUGAUUAAACAUGAAUAAACUAUCUGUUUACCAUUCAUAAAUGGUCAUUUUACCAUUUAUAAGUUAUGGUUAUCGUCAAGUGUUACCCUUUUUUUUUAAAACCGUUUUUUUUUUAAACAACACUUCGGCUCAUUUUUACAUAUCCGGCUCUAACAAGGCAGCAUUGUCUUAAGAUCGUGAAGUUUGUACUCACAUAGUCAUUUUCCAGACUCGUUUGAUGUUUUUGAAACACAGCAGGGGUUGAUCUAUAUCUUUGUUAAGAUAUGAGAUCAUGCUGCGCAAAGUCUAACUCUGCUUUGUAAUACGGUUUGAUUUUUUCGCCCUCAUGUCUUAUGUAUAAGUUUUAAUUUGAAUUAAGCUAUGCUAAUUUAACACUCAGCUCUCUCUGGUCUUCCCUUAUUUAGGUGAUAGACGACGUAAUGACUCAAUGAGAUGAAAUAAGUUGUGUCCUUAAAUUGCUUUUAAAUGCACUGAAGUUUGGCGAGCCAGCCCCCUUGGUAUUGCAUUAUCUGUGAUCAUUUCUCCAUGUGAAGCCUUACAUAAUAUUACAUAAUGAGCCAGCAGAUAUAUAUAUAAAAAAAGUGAGAGGAGUGAGAGGAGAUUGUUUUGUUGAGUUUUCAAAGUGAAAUAUCCUGAUAAAGGAUUUCAGCCGAUCAGUGAUUCAGGGCCUCCUUUGUUUUUGUUUUAUAGCAUUGGUCAUGGUCAUGCUGUUGUUAUGUGUACAGAAUAUUGUCUCACUGAAAUAUGCAGGACCUCGUCUGAAAAAAAAAAAAGAAAACAUUGUCUGGACUCUUGGACAGGUGGUCCCUCUCUUCCAGAGCAGAGGACAAGGUGUCAGUGAUUUCCCAAAACGACUGUCAAGUUAUGAUUCGUCAGACCAGAGGAUAGUUUUCCACUCUGCCUCAGUCAAUAUUCAAUCAGCGUGGGCGCAGAGGAGUCAUGUAUUGCUGCAGUUUUUACUUUGCAACAAACUUUGAUCCAAGUCGCUGGUUCUUGGAAGAGAUUUCCAGCCCAUGCGGUGAUUUCCACUACAGAGUCGUGUCUGUUUUUAAUGCAGCGCCACAUGACUGUCAGGAAACAGGAAAAAGGGACCCGAGCCAUCUCCGUAUGUGGAGCGCUUAGACUGCCAGGCUAUUUUGUCUUUGGGGAUUAGACUCUAUUAAGAAGUCUUCGUAUAUUUAAAGGGGUGACGAGGCUGACUGCAGGGAAGGGUAACCCUCAAUGGAGCCUGGAGUGAUGAGGGGAGGACAUCUGAAGAAGUAAAACUCUGAUAAGGAGUUGAGGUGAAACAACAAACGAAGGAGCAGAGGGGAGAUCAGAUUUAAAGUUUGGCUGCAGCAGGAUGAUUGGAGGAUAAGAGGUGGAUACUUUAAAGAGUAAAUACCCAUAACCAGGUAGUAAGAAAAGCAGAAACAGAUAGACAAAGAGUUACACCCUGAUAAGAGCGAAUAAAGUAAGUCUUCUCCUUCAACUUUCGCACCAUUUCUGAAAAACUCUGCCUCUCUGGGACGCUAUUUUUACCUCUUGUCAUGCCAUUACCAUCCUGCAAAUUAAGCUCCUAUUAAAGAUUUUUGACGUUAAUGAAAAAGACUAAAACUCAUGUUGAUGUUUUUUCAUGACAUGUUAAAGCAAACAAGAUUGACAAUUUUUGCGCUGUAAUUUUUAACUUCUAAAAUUAGCUUUGAGGGGGAAGGUGUCAGUGGAGCUGCUGACGACACCGCCCUUUUUUUUUUUACACACUGAAAGUUUCUCACAGUAGCUUUAAGUUAAUCAGUUGAAAGGUGUUACUUCAGUCGCAUAAAACUACUAUUUCAGUGAAGUAUUGAUCCUGUCCAAACUUUUUAUGAAACUUACUUUAAAUAGAGCUAUUCAUUUCAUGAAACAAUACAAUUUCAGUUAUGAUAUUUAAUAAUUUCUCUUAGCGAUAUUUUCAAGUAGAGGGUCAAAAUGAUCUGCAAACUAUCAGAAUCUGCUUUUAUCAACAUUUUACUCAGAGUACCAACAUUUUGGAGGAUCAGGGGUGUAAAUACACAAUAUUCAAGGCAGCUAAUGUAAUGAAACCAUCUCUUUGCCUCCAGCUUUUCAUUUUUAAUGCAGUAUUGUUGGAAAUUUCCAGCAAGAAAUCAGUGAUUAUGCCUAUUUUGUGUGUUUUCAAUUGUGCAUACCCUCGAACUGUGUUACAAACCAGCGUCAAUGUAUUGCGCAAUAAUGCUUGGGGUCAAUUAAAGUUCGUCAUUGAAUGAAAACUUUUCCUCAGAUAAAAUCACACACAGUUAAAGUUAAAUCCCAACCAUUAUUGGAGUCCGUACGUGCUAACAGAUUUUUGCACAUUUGCUGCGUCUUGCACACGAUCUGCAUUCAGACGGCAUUCAUUUCCUUAAUCUUGUGUGUGUGAAUUGUUCCCUGAAUUCUCUCCGACGCUGAUGGGAUUCUUUAUAUGAGAAAUUUUAUAUUUUAGCAUUCAUUGUCAUAUAUUACAUUUUCUCUGACAAAAGCAGGACCGGGGCCACCAUGUUCUUAAUCACUUAAAUCCACAUGCAAUCUGGCUCAGCCAUCUUAGCCAGGGCCGCGGAUCCAUUAGUGCCUUCUCAUUUCAGGGAGGGAGAAAGAGCUGCCAAGCCAUUAGUUCUGCCAUGCUCUGCUACAUUUCCAUAUCCUUCCAUUUCUACAUUUUCUGCAAGAAAAUGGGAAAAGUUGCGGAUUAAUUCAAACUAAUCCUCCAUUUUUCUAUUGCCUUUAAUUACUUGUUCCAGCCUCUGACACUGUAAAUGGUCAUCAGCAAUAAGUUGACUUAGCAGGAGUCACAUCUUAUUGUUAAGGAAAACCAUCUUGUGUCUUGUAUUCAGGCGUUUAUCUGGUCCUUGGCACUCCUGAAAACCCCCCACACACCCACUCAGUCAGGCAUGUGCACACAUAAAUAUCAAAGGGGGCAUGAGCGCUGAGUUUUAUGUUUACAUACAGCCUAGCCCGCCUUUUUGUCUUCCCAUUGAGCACGACUCAACACGACUGAGGAAAUAUGGCCUCUGAGAGCAGCUGUAACCCCCCUGUGGCUCCCACCCCCCUGCAAUCACAUAUCAUACAAGUCAAUGUGACCGCUGAGGCAGAGCAACCUUUUCAAAGUGCUUACGUUUAAAGCAGAGCCCAAAUGAGCCAAUGAAAGCAAUCUAAUACCACAAAUUAGCCUGUCACUUAGCCUGGAUUAUAAGCCACAUGAGGACCGCGGUGGAAAUAACUUGAACCUUAUUGUACCGUGAUGUAAAAUAGCAGAGUGUUAGCAAAAGGGGGAAAAAAACAAGUUCAAUUUAAGCUUAAUGCCUGUGUGCUCUACUAAAACACUCAUGUAAUUAAAUUGAUUUUUUUUUUACUCUUUCCUCGUCCCCGGUAUCUCGCCAUGGCUGUUAUACUCUCCUUUAAUGUUAAGAUAGGCUAGAGGUGCCAAGAUGAUCAGAGUCACAGUGGAUUUAAAGUAAAUACUCUCAGUCAUUGAAAGAUCAUGUCUUGUGAUGAUGUUCAAAAAAAAUUUCCUCAUCCAUCCAUCCAUCCAUCCAGCCAGCUAUACAACCAACAAACCAACUGUCCAUCCAUCAAUUUAUCCAUCUGACCAUCCAUCCAUCCAUCAUCCAUCCAUCCAUCCAUCCCUCCAUCCAUCCAGCUAUACAACCAACAAACCAACCAUCCAUCCAUCAAUUUAUCCAUCCAUCCAUCUCAUUCAUCCAUCCAUCCAUCAUGCAGCCAACAAACCAAUCAUCCAUCCAUCAAUUUAUCUAUCUAACCAUCCAACCAUCAUCCAACCAACAAGCCAACCAUCCAUCCAUUCGUACAUCAAUCCAUCCAUCCAUCCAUCCAUCCAUCCAUCCAUCAUGCAGCCAACAAACCAAUCAUCCAUCCAUCAAUUUAUCUAUCUAACCAUCCAUCCAUCAUCCAACCAACAAACAAACCAUCCAUCCAUCCAUUCGUACAUCAUCCAUCCAUCCAUCAAUCCAUUUUUUUUUCCAUCCAUCCAUCCAUCUUUCAUUCAUCCGUCUAUUUCAUCCAUUCAUCCAUCCAUCCAUACAUACAACCAACAAACCAACCAACCAUCUCUCAAUAUAUCAUCCAUCCAUCCAUCCAUCUUUUACUAAUCUCUUUUCAUCCAUCCAUCCAUCCAUCCAUUUUUCAUUAAUCCAUGCAUCUGUUCAUAAAUUGGUAUCAAAGAUAAAAUCUUUAAACUGACUGUUACUGUAGCUGUUUUUCAGUGACUUGUAGGCUAUGUAGAGGACAUGACCUUUGUCUGACCUUUUAAGUGGAGUUACAGACUGAGUGAAAGACUGUAUUUGACUUGUAUUUUACGUUAAUGUUUUUGGCCGUCUCAUCCUCUUACAAGGAGGAUGCAGGGCUUCCAAUCUAAACCUUACCUUUUACUACACUGCAUUUAUUUAAUCAUAUUUACAUUCGUGUAAUUCUCAUGUUUCUACGAAGCCCCACAGAAUCACACAAGCAGAAUUCAUAAAGAAGUCCACCCAGGCUCCCUUAACCAAGCUUUGCUGAUGUGGUAACUCCUAAUUUCACCAUGUGCUGCCACUUUAUAGCCUCUAAGAAUCAAUCAAAUCCAUGACAUAAAUAAUCAAUUGUUUCAGCAUUUCCAAUCCAAGGUGGAAUAAAACUUUGAAACCACAUUCAGCAUUUAUUAUUUUUCUAUAUUUUCCUCAGUCUGCCUCCUCUACAUUAUUAAAUGAUUUCCUACAUUUCCCAAGGUGCUUGUUAUCACAGCAGCGUGAAGAUGAAACAAUCCUGCAAGAUUCACUCAGGGAGAUGUAGACAAUGGUUAGAGGAAUUCCCCAAAAGACUGUGACUCAAUACCUAUUUAAUCUUUGGGCCAAACUUCUUCUACUUCUUCUUCUUCUGUGGUAGUUCAAAUUAGCUCCUUAAGAUCACAUGAUUUCUUUCUGUACGGGUAAUAAACAUUGAUGCUUCAUGUCAAAUUAUUUGUGAAGUCUUAAUUUGUUUUCAUUUUCACCUAUCUCCGUGUUAAACUUGAAAAAUAAUUGAUCUAUAAUACAUUUUCCGACGUGAACGGCAACGAGGUUGGAGCUAAUUAUAGCACGCGAGACUGUUAACUCCAAACUAGGGCAUUUCUCCCGCAGACGUGAUUUGAAUCGUCAGGAAGACCUUGGAUCAGUUCACAUUUUGUCAGUGUAAUAUCAAAUUUUUUUCCUAUUUUCAUUUUUUGCUGUGUCACCGCACACAGAGUAAUGCAGGCCUUAAACUUUUAUCAAAACGACCCGAUCAUGUUCACAAGUCUCCAAUUUAACAAAAUAAACUUUCCUAGGGAUUAAAAACCUGCAAACACUGAACGGUUUGUUCAGUGUUUAAUCUUGGGUAAGUUUAUUUUGUUAACAGCAGUGCUGAAAAUGAAAAUAAACUCUGUAUUUUCACAGAACAAACACUGAAGAGCCGACUGCUAACUAUGAGUCAUAGUUUUAGAUCACACUGGUGCAGCAGCGCUGUUUUAAUUUAGAAUAAAUUUAAUUUGCUUUGAUUUAGAUAAUGAGUUCAAGUCCAAUCAGGAUCACAAAGUUGCAUUCCUAUGAUAACCCAAAUCAUGACACUGGAGAAAAAAUAACUUUCAAUUAUAAAUGUGGACUGUAAGACUGUUUGAAUUGCAAAAGUGUAAUUUAAAUGUGAUUAAUGCAAUCUGAGUAAACUCUACAAUUGAUCAUGAUUCAAGCAAAUUUUGCAGCUCUACUGUUUUACAAGUAAAAGUAAUAAAAAUACACUGAAUUAAAAGAAAUGAAAAAUUCAGAUAAGCUUUUAACUUCAUUUCAGUGCCACUUCUCAAUAAUGGUAAUAAUAGAAAUGCAUUUUAUAUAUAGGUGUCUUUCUUGACACUUAAAGUCACCUUACAUCAUUAAAACGAACAGAAUUUAAAUAACAAACAAUAAUAAAAUACAAUUUUAAAAGUUUUAAAAGACAUGUCUUCUGGACACUGGUGCUUUCUGAGCUGCUGCUGCUCCCUGUCCUCUUUUAAGGAAUUUUAAGUACUUGUAAUAAUGUGCUGAUAUGUGCUAAACAUUGGGAUGGAUAUACUUUAAAGCUCCUGUAAGGAGUUUUAUGAGGUUUAUGGAAUUAGCUGAAAUUCAUAUGGAUGCCUUUUUAUGAUAUCUAAAAGCAAACAAGUCCACCAGGGACGAGACUGAUGAGUUUUAAAAUAAUAGGAUGGACUGUCAGAGAUACUACUUACACUGCUUUGCCUGCAGGGGGCACCAAAAUCGACUUAAGAGUUCCUGAAAGGAGCUUUAAACAAAUACUGAAAUUGUUUUGCAGAGUGUAUCCCUUUGUUACAUUUUAAAAACCUGCAUUUUUCGACAUCUUUUCCAGCAGUCGAAUCAACACAAAAAGGCAUUUAGACAUCUAAUAUUCUCACACAUGUAAAAUUCAACAGCCUGUGACUCUGCUCUGGCUCAUAUUAUCACAUCUGACAGCAGAUCUGGAAAAAAGGCUCACACUACAGUCACCACACAUUUUUUUUUUUUAUCCAUUGACCGCCACAAAUGCUGAAAUGAUAAUCAUUUCAUAAUAAACGCUCUCUCUCUGAGGUCGUAGUGUGACAUCUAAAAGACAACAAGCGCUGCAGCCAAUGAAUUCAAUCAAAUCUCUAACCUCCCAAUGCAUUUGAAUUUCCAAUAGCAUGAAAUUGUGACCCGCAAGGCUAAAAUUAAAUCAGCGCGAAAGCAUCCCGCUCUCUUCCAAACACCUGACCGGCUGUCAGGGAUAAAUAUAAUUUUUCAUACAUCAUUUAUUUAUUAUCCUGCGUGUUGUUCUUCAGUCACUGAGCUGACACCCUCAUCCACAGCCGUGCAGCGACGAGGGAAUCAGUGUCUCGGGCAAGGACGCCAAGGCUGUCACAGGGAUCAAACCGACGUCCUUCCACUCACAGGAAGGACUAUAACCACAAGAACACGCAGAUACGACAAUGUGACAUUGACAUAUUUUUUAAAGGAGCUGACAAAUACGCCACUCUGUGAUUUAACCUUCCUCAGACCUUGAUGAAGUUUGGACAGUUUGACAGAAGUCCCUGUUUGUCCUUCAAAGCUGUUUUCACACUCAAAACUGAAUUUUACUCUCUUAUUAUGUUCCGUUAAAUGAUUAGGAAUAUUAAACUAACACAAAAACGGGUGGUGGUCCAGCAGCCCCACCUUUAACGGAGGCAGAGGAGCUGCCCCCCACCCCCCCCCCGUUCGACGAUCGCGGCCGGUCCGAUCGCAAAUCCCCCCCACAGACACACACACACGCACGCACACCAGUCCGACGAUCGCUGCUACGAGGUGGGGGUUUCGAUCGUCGGGGGGGGGGGGCUGCUGGGCCACCACCCGUUUUUUCUGGCAUCUGCCCUCUUUCUGUUUAAUGAGUGAAAGUCUAAUAUUGAGUGUAGUGUGUGUUAGUUUAAUAUAUGUACAUAUACAUACUGAGAGUUAGUUUAAUAUUCCUAAUCACUUAACGGAACAUCAUAAGAGAGUAAAAUUCAUUUUUUUGAGUGUGAAAAGAGCAUUUUCUAAGGGAUCAAACUGCCACUUAAUACUUACUUGACAAUGUAAAACAUGAUCAAAAUGAUUCAAGCAGUUUCCCUGCAACAGUCUGUCAUUGUGAUUGCACGAGACUAGAUUUAAAGUUACGCAUUGACGCGAGCAGCGAUUUCCUCCCAAGCCCUCUCCCUCUCCUUUGCAGCUGCUGCUGUAUUGCACUUUCUUUUACAAACGUGCUGUAAUUCGCUGUUGGCUUGCUGCUGCCCCCUCCUUCUCCCUGUUUCCAUUGGUUGAUCAUUGAAUCUGCGCUCCACAGAUGCUGGCUGUUUAUGUCUGGCGUGCACGUGCUUAACUCCAGGUCAAACUACUCGGAGUUGUUCAAACCGUCUCAAAUCAGGUAUUGUGAAACCGGAAACUCAGAGUUUCCUAACUCAGAGUAGAUCAACUCAGAGUUAAGGAUUUAACUCAGAGUUUGUUGAACCACCUACGUGAAACCGACCCCAGCUGUCCAGUCUGUUGGCUUGUUUUGUGUUGUGUUUAAAGCUGCAGUAAGGAUCUCAGUUGUUGUCAAAGAAAGUGAUAUUUCUUAUUUCUUAUUUCUUUGUUAGGUUUUCUCACUGUGAGUGAUUAACCAUAGGAAGAAGUAAAAAAGGCUGUUUUAAAGGUCUGAUACUCAUCUCCUGGGGCAGUUUAGGCUUUGAAAAGUACAACAGAAAAACUGUUGGCCUUGUUUUUGAUGGUCUGGUUUUCUUCUGAAGGUCAUCAGUAUCAGUUUUAGUUUGUUUUUUCAAACCAGUUAAAAAAAAUCCUCCCGGUGCUUUUAACACUUAAAAACUCAGCUGGAUUGCCGGUGAUCCCACGUGACACCAUUAAUGUUGUUUAUAGUUUCUCAGGAACUAUACUGCAUAUCUCUAUGGGAUAAAAAGUGUUUAAAAGCUAAUCCUUUUGGCAAUCUAUCAAGGGUUUCCGGGCAUUUCUACACCUCCCACAAGGUUUACAAUCCAGCCACAGAAAUGGGUGUUUGAUCAAAGAAGUUUGAUGGUAAAUCCGCAGUGAUAUACCGGUGAAAACAUGAGAACCAGUCCAAAGUGCAUUGGUCUGUGACAGAGUUCAGAUUUUAGGAGCACGGGGUGUUUGAAAAGCUGAUCUAGUUUUAACUGAGUGCAUUGUGGGUGUCAUGACAUGCUCAAAACACAUAACUAUAUCAGCUGCUGGAAAUAGGCCCUCUCAGUGAAAAAAAAUGCUUUCAGUGGACACGGGCCCUAAAUUUAAAUGGAGAAUUUUCGACUCACUAUCAGUAUUAUAGGGGAUCAAUGUUUUAAAAAGUACACUGAUCAAUGAUAUACAAGCUUUUCAUCUAGAUAGCUUUUUAACUAUAAACCCUGGCUGUCAGAAAUUGCAGAAAAAAGCACUAAGUUAAGUGUAGUACUUCCCCUCAAAAGGAUCAAAAGGAUUCAGUCUUCUACUGUUUAAUAUCAGUGACACAUUUGUCAGUUUUUCUGCAUCCUGAAGUGUUGCAAACAGGACAUUUAUGCCUCAAUAUUUAAAGUGUUUUCAUAAGAGCCUCCGCUGAAAGAGCAAAUUAAAGUGCGACUCACAACAGGCCGGCAUUUUCUGAAAACUCGACCAUGAAAAGAGACGUCGCCGGUUUUCAAAGCACACAGGCCUUGCUUCAUGCUGAAUGUUGCCUUGCACUACUGAAGGUGGAUCCAGACUGAAAUAGCACACUGCUCCAUGAGACGGUGAUGCACGGACACUUUGAUCAAAGGAAAACUAAGGUUGAGACCAUUUGGCUGCUGCGGUUUUGAUGAGCGCUGCCUCUCGGAUAGCAUCUCAACGUGUCGUUGCGGAAGGUCGUUUUGGUGGUUAACUCUCUGAAAGGGCACUCAGCGUCAGUGUCGAAUAACAGGGCUGAUAUUCGCCCCUCCUCAGCUUCUAACAUAGUGAAAUUUGAAAUCAAGGCCGAACUCGCACUGUUCUCUCUGCAGCUGGAAGCGGCCCAAUCAGUUUACUCCUCGAAUGUGACUCUGAGAUUGCAUUUUAUAAUCAGCGUGAGCAGGACAAAGCUGAGUGGUGUGACUUUUUGCAGAUUUUAAUCAGUACGCAGACAGAAUUAGAUGGUUUUCGUGUUGAAAUCCACAAUGGGAGUUUUCAUUUCUGUAAUUAAAGCAUCAGAAAAACUUUGUCUUUUUUUAAAAGGCCCCACUGAAAUCUGAUUCAUCGGGGUACUUAUUGCAUGCGGAUGUACCAAAGAGGUGUCAAGUCCUCGGUUUGUGACGAGAAUGACAUACUAGAAUUGAUAUGAACAGUCAUCCAAAAAUAAUCAGAUAUGCACAGCAAAUCAGGAGUGAGCAUGAAGGCCCGAGGACUGAGUCGAGCCUCUCAGAGUCUUAUGACAGCGCUUGGAUGAAGAAUCACACAGCGGAGUUUCUCAGUCCCGCUGCGGGCUGGUGUAUAAUGAUUUGAUUAGCAUCUCGUCAGGACAAUGUGCUAAAGCAGAGGCUCUUUUUACAGUCCCGAGUUCAUACAUCAAUUCCAGCCCAGCCCUGACAGCUGCCUUGAUGCAUUUAUGAAGUGAACUGAGCAGGAUUUGUGGCAGAUGCUUCGCAAGGCGCGUGACAAAGAGUGGGCGAACUCCCUUGUUUGGCGUGUCAGGGUUGAAAGCUUCACUCCUCAACUGUCAGAAGGGAACAUCUGUGUUUUGGCGAAUGAACGAUGUUUGUUCUGCGGCGGAGCAAUCGGCUCCCAGCAGCCGUCUGAGGUGACAGAGUCUGUCACGGUCCAAGUACGGAGUUAGAUAGAGAUGGAGGGGAAUGGAAAAAGAGGGAGGAGGAGGAGGAGGAGGGGGUAAUCCCUGUAUCGAAUCCUGCCGCAGAAACAGAGCGGGAAAGUCCAGCUUUUUAUGGUUCAGUUACGCUGCCUCAGCCCGCCCUGCAAUCACUCUGAUACUGUGGAUUACACACUUGCCCUGUGCAUUUUAAGGAUGCAUCUUACUACGAGUGAGAGACAGAAAAUUGAAUCUCUGGUUUUUAAAAUGAUUACUGCUAUAAAAGCCAAAUGCAUUAUGGUUUACUACAAAAGCUGCUUAACAGGCGUAUGGAAAAUAUGCUCAUCUUUUAAGCCUUAAAACAUCCAAAACCCAAAAAUAAGACACUUGAGUCGCUUCCCAGUUAGAAACAAGUUUGACUCUUUGCUCUUUGGUUUUGGAGAUUUAACUUCCCUGUGCUCAUCUUGAAUUUUACUUUAAGCAUUUCUUUUUUGGGGGACAUUAAAGGUUUAAUCGCAUGCGUUAAUGUAUAAUUUCACUCACUGGUUGGCUUUUAUUUACAAAGCUUUCCUUGGGAUGGUGCCAUCCUAUCUGGGAUCUUACCUUGUGAGAAAUAAUGGACAUUAUGGGUUAUGAUCCACUGGCUUGUUGAUGUUAAAUACUCCUCGUGUCCUCUCUCAGUUAGGAAAAAAGGGCUUUCUGCUUUGCUGGAAUUCGCUACAAAAGGAACUAAAAUGAUCAGAUCUGAUCCCCUUUGAGGACUGGAAAGCAUUGGCCUUUGUGACUGUUUUUAACAAGAUGUUACACUGCUUCUAUUCUAUCACUGACAAUUUUAUUUAUUUUAUUCUACUGUAUUUCUUAUUGAGUUUUUGUUAUCUAUUUUAAAUGAUUUUACCGUAACUCUGUAACUUUGCUGCCUCUUGGCCAGGUCGCUUUUGUAAAAGAGAUUUUAUAUCUCAAUAAGCCUCACCUGGUUAAAUAAAGGUUAAAUUAAAAUAAAUAAAUAAAGAGGUGAUAUAAUUGACAAAUCAUUGAUUGUAAAAUAAAAAAGAAAGUUACAGGAAGUGCUCGUUUGUGACCAAAAACAUGCCGAUGUCUCAGUUGCGAGUAAACAGAAAAAGUGGACUGUUUAUCUUUGAUUCACAAAUCUGUCUGAUCUUAUCUGCAGUUUAGACAGAUUUGUGAAAAGCUGGAUGAUUACCAUCUGGGCAAACACUUCAGACAAUACAAUAACUGAUCAGAAGUUCCUACAUUUCCAGUGAAUCCAAAGAGUGCGUUGUGCUGAACAUGAUCAGGCCUUUCAGUCUCUUUUCAUUUUUCUACUUGAGUUCUCAUAGUAAAGCUACAGUACGUGAUCUUUGAAUUAGCUUAAAACAUGAUUGAAGUUUACAGUAACAUAAGCUGCGAGUAUUUGCUUUAGCAGAGGUAACAAGAGAAUAGAUGAACUUUUUACUCAAAUGAGCACAUCUGGAUGCAUCUCAAAAACAAGCUAUUACUAAACAAAUGCAGCAGUUUUAUUCUUGUCACUGUUGCAAAUGUGUAAACGUAGCAUAUUAAUGUUGGGUGCCCCUUCAUAGUUAAGAUUACGGCCUCGUGCAGAAAUGACUUCCUCUUAAUUCACUAUCACCUUGAAUAAAAUCAUCCUCAGUCUUUCGAGAGCAAGUGAAGGACAAACCCUCUUGUUUUAUUCUUCGUUAACAACGUUUACUAUUUAUAGGCCAAGGACGGUUGUGUCCUGAUCUUGCUAAUGAAAGUAUCGUGGCUUUUCUGAGCACGUCAAAGAAGAAAAUAAGUGACACAACUGGGACAACAAUUAGGAAAGAGGUCAGAUUCAGGAGCUAUUUGCAGUACGUUCUUCUCUCCAAAGUCAAACGGGAAGACUCCAGAGUUUCUCCUGCUUGAUGUUUAACCUCGAGUAGAUGCUGCAGAUGUAGUUCCUGGUUUUUACUUGAUAAUAUAAUCUGAUUAAACUUUUUCCUUACCCAACUGGCUAAUUUAGCCUCAAGACAUGCUUUUAAUGCUAAUGUUUACUUUGGCUCAACGAGAGUGUUGGAUCAAGAGUAGGGUUUCCACCUUCCACGCAUGAAGGCACAGUGUGUACUAAAACAUUUAUUAUCCGCCUCUCUUUCGAGCUGACUCCCAUCAGCGAGGGUGAAAAAAGCUGCUAUAACCACAUCAAUGAAGAUGCUAAAGGUUUACCUUUGCUUUACAGAAAACACUUGACAGUUGGCACUCACUUCUGCAUUUUUGUGAACAUGUUUUCAGAGUAUUUGAAGCUAAUUUCUCCCUAAGUACCAGCCUCUUCUCUUGAGAAAUGAAGCUGAUGCAAAAAAAUUGCAGGUUUGCAGCCUGGUUAAAGAGGGCACAAACUGCAUUUAUUUGCAAGGAGGCUAAAGGAUCGGUAGCUAACAGGAAGUCAGGUUGAGACUGCCGAUAUUCUGCUCCAUGAAAAACUGGUUGAUGAUAAUAAUACAUCAGAUUUUGCAACAGUCACACCCUAGUGGUGGUAGUCACAGCUGCCCUGGGGCAGACUGAUGGAAACGUGGCUGCCAAUUUGCAUCUACGGCCUCUCCGACCACCACCACACAACACUCACAAUCUUACACCAGUGGAGGACUCACACUGGGUUAAAGGGAUAUUCCGGCAUAAAAUUAAUUUAGGGUCAAACACACCACAACACUGAGUUAGAGACCCCCUUGAGAGACGAAUUUUGCAGACCGCUUGCUUCUCUAGUUAUACCAACUUUAGUAAUGACUACAAAAAAAAGCGAGACCUCGGACCAGUCUAUUACAGACUGCUGCGGGGUGACGCAGUUCAAGGAAGAACAUUUAUGAUCAUUUCUUCAUGGAAAUGCAAUCAGUCAGAGACGCUAAGGCAGAAGACCUACUGUGUCUGCAGUGCAAAAUGAUUAAUAUGGUGAUUGUUACUUCAAGGAAAUGAUGAAGUAAUGAUCAUAAAUGUUCUUCCUUGAGCUGCGUCACCCCGCAGCACUCAGUGAUCUACUCGUCAGGGCUACCCUACAAUCGGCUGCUGGAAGAGAGUAGGUGAGUUGUGUUUAGUCUCUUUGCUAAAGAAAUUUGGCAAAGUAAAAAAGAUGUUUGGUGGCUAGAACUAUGGCUGGGACCCUAUAUUUACUGUUGAUGAAGUUAGGUGCUGUUCUGAGCAUUAUUUGGCGUUUUGGUUGACGUUUGUUUAUGGUUCCAUAGACCGUUGUGUAUUGCUAUCGCGCGGUCGUCACUAAAGUUGGUUUAACUACAGAAGCAAGCGGUCGUCAACAUUCAUCUCUCAAGGGGGUGUCUAACUCGGUGUUACUGUGUUUGACCCUAAAUUAAUUUUACACCGGAGUAUCCCUUUAAGCGUCUUGCCCAAGGACACAACAGACAGACAAGGGGUAGGGCGGGGACUUACUCGCCAACCUUCCUGUUAUUGGAUGACUGCUCUACCUCUUGAGCUUUUGCUGCUACGACCUUUUGACGUCACCAAUGCUACAUCCCACUAUGGCACAGUUUCUCCUUUUCUCUAUGUUAGGCAAGAAGAAGUCGUGUCUUUGUCUAAAUCUGACCAACCCACCUGCUGAAGGCAGAGCGUAUUGACCAAUCAGAGGUCGAGUAGGGUAUGUGGGAUGAAAAUACAGGAGAGUACUGUAUUUUCAGAAGAAGGUGACAACCCUUAUUGAGACUACUUUAAAGUGUCGUCAGCCGGUAUGCUUAUGACCUUCUGCAGGGAUGGAACUUUGAUUUGGUUGCCAGGAGCUGCAGAGAGGAAAAACACCCACUUUGAAACUUUUGGAUUUAUUGUCGAGUCUCACUGUCAGUACAGAAGGCGAAGAAGAAUAUUGGGCAAAGUGUCAAACUCGGGGGUCGUUCACUGCGCCUCUAGGCAACAGUAAACCAAAUGUUAUUAUUUCUCCAUCGACGGCAAUAAAGUGAAAGUAGACUCCGGGCUCCAGUGCUGCUUUUGCACUGUCAAAACUUUUCCAUUAUGUGCCUUUUUUCAAUUCGUAAAAAAAAACCUUUGCUGAAAUCUGGAUCUUCCAAUAAUUCAAAUUCAUAAUGUUCUCAAACAGAAAAUAGCAAAAGAAAAUGAAAAGAAAAUUGUAAGUGAGGGAGAGUACUUGCGUUGUUCAUAAUUUAUGUUCGGUUAUUGGAUGGUGUAAUGAGAGUGUAGAGCGGAGACCGAGUUGGAGAGAUAAGUCGUGCAGAGUUUAUGUGACUAUUAAGCUUGAUCUAUUAAAGAGGGAGUUUUCUGUGGUUGUUGAUGCAGAAGGGUUUUUAACUUAUUGUGUACAAAUCUUCCAGGAGGAAGCGUGUGCGCUCACCGAGGGCGAAAACUUAUUUGGAUCACAAUUAUUGAUCUGCUGUCGCUCAGCUGUGAGACGAAAGGAAGAGUGGGCUGGAUGAAAUGAGUGAGCCGUUCGCAGUUACGGUCAGGGAUGCAGCGACGGGGAUUUCUCGCCUCAUUCAAUUUUAAAUAAAUUCACUUUGUACUCUUGAAAGGGAAUCCAGUGAUCUACACCUCAGGCUUAUAUAUGCCACACAACAGAGCCGUCUCAUAACAAAGAGAUAAAAGUCCUAUCUCUGGAUAAAUUUGAGCACACAUCCUGGAGAGCUUACGGUGACACUGCUGAAAAGAAUAUGCGUUUUCUCCCAAAAUAAAGGUGUUCAUUUGCAUUUGAAAGUGUCCUCAAGUGCAGCGAACAAUAUAGUGUAGACGGGGAAAUGUUCCGUCUCUGCUGGCAGGGGGAGAAAUGAAGCUCUGCAGACAAUAAGAGGAUAAUUAAACAUUUCAUUUCAACUUCUCUUUAUUUGCCUUUGUUUUUUUUUUUCUGCAAUCACUCAAACUUCGGGGUGUUGUUCAUCUCCAUGCGUACGGCAAUAAUGUGCAUACAUUAUGCAUUUUACUGCAGGAUAUUUUCUGUCACAAAAGGAGUACAUUAUAGAUGAAGUGUUGUCAGAAUUAAAUGCAAAUUAAAAACUUUUGAACAGUGCAGACAGCUUUUCUAUUUGUGUACUUUCUAACACCUGCAGUGUCAGUUUCAAGUGAUAAAACUGUCACACAAUCAAUCAUGUAUUAAGUCAAUGAAAAAAACCUCUCUAAUGCUUUGUUGUGGACUAAUUAAAUGAUAGCGAUUAGUUAAAAGCAUACAGGAGCUGAUAAUUCAGAAAAAUAUCUUAUUUUGAUGGAGGAUCAUUUACUCUGUAUUUGACUCUAAUAUGAUUUCAGUGAUGGAGCUAUGCAUUUGAGCAUUAGCUUGUUGCAUUUCCAGACCAUUAAAUGUUUAGAUGGACUCAAGACAAUUAAGCUAUAGCUUCAGGCUUCAAUUAAUUUUCACAUUAAUUGAAGUGGUAAUUAUUAGCUGCGUUUUGUAAAACACUUAUAUUCUAUCAUGUACAAAGUCAUUGUGCAGCUCAUGUUGGCAAAUAAUUACCUAAUUACACAUCCAGCAGAGAGGAGGCAAUAUUGAGUUCAUUAAGUGUGGUGAAUGUGGGAACUUGAUUAAUGUAACUCCAAUAUUUACACUCCUCUGAGUGUUGGCGUCGUCUCCUCCUGAGGGAAAUAUCGGAUUUAUUUACAUGCUUAGCGCUCGACCAGGGUUUCAGUUUGAGAACUAACUUUGUUCGAUGCGGACUACUGGGAACGAGUGAUAUCUGGCAAGAGCCAAAAAUACGAUAAUCCAGGCAGGCAGAGAGAAAGUUCAGGUAGGCAGAGAGCUAGUUGGGCAGGCAGAGAGCUAGUUAUUUUGGCAGAGAGCUAGUUCAGGCAGGCAAGGAGCUAGUUCAGGCAGGCAGAGAGCUAGUUGGGCAGGCAGAGAGCUAGUUCAGGCAGGCAGAGAGCUAGUUGGGUAGGCAAAGAGCUAGUUGGGCAGGCAGAGAGCUAGUUAUUUUGGCAGAGAGCUAGUUCAGGCAGGCAGAGAGCUAUUUGGGUUGGCAGAGAGCUAGUUCAGGCAGGCAGAGAGGUAGUUGGGUAGGCAAACAGGUAGAUCAAGCAGGCAAGGAGCUAGUUCAGGCAGGCAGAAAGCUAGUUUAGGCAGGCAGAGAGCUAGUUGGGUAGGCAGAGAGCUAGUUCAGGCAGGCAGAGAGCUAGUUUAGGCAGGCAGAGAGCUAGUUAGGUAGGCAGAGAGCAAGUUCAAGCGGGCAGGCAGGGAGGGAGCUCAGAGGGCUAGUUCAAGCAGAGAGCUAGUUCAGUUGGGGUAAGUGCUUGUUCAGGCAAGCAGAGAGUUAGAGCUAGGUCAGUUAGGCAAAGAGCUAGUUUUGGCAGGCAGAGACCUAGUUAAGGCAGGCAGAGGGCUAGUUGGGUAGGCAGAGAGCUAGUUCAGGCAGGCAGAGAGCUAGUUUAGGCAGGCAGAGAGCUAGUUAGGUAGGCAGAGAGCUAGUUCAGGCAGGCAAGGAGCUAGUUGGGUAGGCAGAGAGUUAGUUGGGUAGGCAGAGACCUAGAUCAAGCAGGCAAGGAGCUAGUUCGGGAAGGUAGAGAGCUAGUUCAGGUAGGCGGAGGGCUAGUUCACGCAGGCAGAGAGCUGAUUCAGGCAGGCAAAGAGCAAGUUCAAGCGGGCAGGCAGGGAGGGAGCUCAGAGGGCUAGUUCAAGCAGAGAGCUAGUUCAGUUGGGAUAAGAGCUUGUUCAGGCAAGCAAGAGUUAGAGCUAGGUCAGUUAGGCAAAGAGCUAGUUAAGGGAGGCAGAGGGCUAGUUCAGUCAGACAGCUGGCAAGUUCAGGUGGGCUGAGAGCUAAUGAGUAAACUGAUGAGAACGCUGAGACAGCACCAAAACCUGCAGGAGGUGGGGUCACACUCACACAUUACAAGAUAAUAUGGGGGAUUGGAAACAAAAUCCAGCUAAGUUUAGUUUUCUCCAUGGGUCUAAAGGUUGUCUAGAAAGGAAUUUACUUGUCCUGAUUGGCUCAAGAGAUGUUUGUAGCCACGGUAACAGUAUAAAAUUAGAGGCAUUAACUUAGAUCUAUUACCCAAAACAUAAUCCUGCAGAUGGCAAAUUAGGAAAAUGUCCCUUUAAUAUUUCUUAUAGAAGAAAUGAUACAAUAUCAUGAGAGUGACUUUAACAGUGCAAGUCCAUGUGAAGUAGAAAAGAGCUGCAAACAGGUUUUUCAUACUCUGGAACUUGCCUCAAUCACUGUGUCGUCAGUUGUAUUCAAAGGAGAGGGGAACUGCUUCAAAGAUACUUAUUUUAUAAAAAUGAAAACGCUGAAAUCUGAAACAGCGAGCAGUUUAAGUUCACACGGCAGUAUUUUUAUAUUUCUACAAAAUUACUAAAGACCUCUGCUACAAGGUUGGUCUCAAAAAUGGCCUCAAACUGCAGCAAAUCUUUUGCGACCUGCACCAAUGACAACACGGCACAUUCAGGGACAAUGAGAUGUCAUUUAUGGAAUUGCACCCUUAGACAGCAACCAACAAAUGAUGCUGUAGUUUUCUGCCCUUCACUCCAUCGCCAAUCGACAUUUUUUUCUCCCUCAUACACACAAACACACACACACACACACACUCGGACACACACAGAGUAAAUUGCACUACAACUGCGACUGCCCACCUUUUUAACUCAGCCUCCAAUUCUUCGGCCAACCAGCAGCUAUAAAUCUGUCUCCGUGAAGGUGAACAUUAGCACCUUCCUUCUCGAGCACAAACACCUUGGUGUACAAUUUAAGGUCCAUUCCGGGGAAUACAAGGCUCGCCGUUAUGAUGCUAUAUCACACUUAGAAUUUGAGCGAAUUUCUGACCAUCUGUCACUCCAGCUACCUUGAAUCCUCUGCUCACUGUGAUAAAGCCAGCACUGUUGGCCUGAUUGGGGGUUUAUGUCCAAACACACUGAAACCAUCAAUCCUCCAUAGAGUGGUUUUAUGCGUUUCCUGUUGGUGCCAAAGUGGAGAUUUAAUGUUGUGUUCAAGAAUUUCGGACUUAAUGACUUAUAGAGAAAUAACACCACUAGUGCCUUAUAUGGAUGUGCAAAAUUGUGAUCAGAUUGUCACUUUGUGAUUAUCAUGGCCGUAAAAUAUCACUUUUAAUAUAUUAGUGUGAUAUUUAUGGAAAACUUUAAAUUAAAACAACACAGUCAGUCAGUUUGUCAUACUUUUAUGUUGAUAUUUCUUGUGUGCUUUAAAAAGAUUCUUUUAUUUUGAAGAAUACUACUUCCGGUUAGGGUUGCAAAGGGGCAGAAAAUUUCCGGUAAAUUUCCAGAAAUUUUCCAUGGGAAGUUAAGCUGGUGAAUAUUGGAAAUAUUCCAAAUUGGAAGCUUUCCAUGGGAAUUAUGGGAAUUUAUUGGAAUUUGUGGGAAUUUAUGGGAAUUAAAUGGAAAUUGGGGGUAAUUUAAAUGAACUGUAUCAUAUCCAGACAUAAAUGUAAAUAUUUUUGUUUUGUCAUAAACAGACAUCCAUGCAAAAAAAUGCAAUUAAAAAACAUUUCAACACAUUUAUUUGAAUGGCAAUAGCGAUGGUAAAUGUGGCAUUUUUUUGUAGAAUAAAAUAACAAAAAGCUUGUAAAAACAUAAAUGCAAUGGCAUGAACAGAAAUAUAGUUGGCUAAAAAACUGGAAUGGUCUUCAAAAUAUUUGACAAUUGAUGUAUAAAUUAUUGUACUGUUACCAAAAAACGUCUUGCAGGAGUCAGAGGAAACAGCAUCACAUUUGAGGUAGUUACCACCACCAUGAUGAGAUAGCCUCUUAAAUGGUCAAUGAAAUGAAAAAUAUCUUACAUGUAGCACCUACAUUUACAAGUUAAAUAUUAAUACUAUUACAGACCAAAUUUAUUUACCCCAUAAUAUUAUCAAAACUUACUUGACUUUAUAUAGUCCGUGGGCUCAAAUGUCUUGUGCUUUGGCCUCCAGGGUUCAAGAAAUCAUCUGUGCAUGUAAAGUUUCCAACUUUGAAGAUUCACGGAAUUUUGCAACCGUACUUCCGGUAAACCAUAAGUUGCUAAUUUUGACAAAAUUGUUAAAAGAAGGGUAUCAAAGUGGAUCCACAUAUCUAUCACAUUGCCCCUUCUGUCUUUGUAUGCAAGUUUUAAUGAGAGACGUCUUUUAAAAUAUCAAAUUAAAUCCCGUCUGUGCGAAUUUGACACAUCAGACUUUUAAUUUCUGCAGUCGGCGCUAAAAUCAGCAGCAAAGGUCAUGUUUGUGUUCCAAAAUAAACAUCAUUAUACUAAUAAUCGGAGAAGCCCAGUGAGGGUUAGCCAAUCUAUAAGGCGAUGAGGCAGGCAGAUAUGAUACGGGAGGUGGUGAAUAAGGCAUAAACGCAGCUUGUAAUAUUGUACCCUCGCGCCAUACGACACCGGGCCCCUUCCAGUAAUUACCGUACUGCUCCUGCAUCUCCGUUUGAAAUUUGAUCAUUGUCGGUCAAUGAUAACACACUCUGCCACAUGGUUUAUGCAGUGUGGCCCCAGCUUUCCCUCACUUCAUUAGGGCGGGUGAGUGUAAAGGAGGGAUGGAUUAGACCCUGUGUGGCCUGCUCACUUUCCAGUCUCCAGAGGAGCCCGAAGAGGCUUACAGGGGCAGCACAGGGUCUCCACCUUCUGUUCGUGCUCCUGAUGUAAGAGCCUUCUGCUGGGAGAAAAAAGAGGUGGAGAUGGCGCAGAGGGGGAGUGUGAGAGGAUUUGGAGACAGUGAUCUAGUGCACAUUCACAGCUGUAGUUUGUUUUGGAAGGCAAGAGGAAGGAUAAGAGGCUGUCUCUCUCUGCUUGAUAAGAGCAAACAUGCAUUCAGCAAGCUAAGCUAUUGUCGAGUUAAACUAUGCAGCAUCUUCUCUCUGUUCCCCGCCAUUCACUAUAGUCACUCAGCAGCCUUUUUCCUCUAAUGGCAUGCUCACUGUGAGAAACUCAAACGCUGCUAUCAAAGGGGAAACAGUCUGCUGUGAUUCAGAACGGAGAGGAACUGACAAAUCCUCGGAUACUUACCACUCUCCAUUCAUUAGCAGCUGAGACGGCAGCAGACGUGAUUUAAGAGGAAACAACACAUAAGUUUGACUACAAGUAACAUUCACACACUUUAGCUGAAGCAGUAAUUGGAAAGGAAAUGAUUGAAUUAAAUUGACUUCACAAACAUGUUCCAAUUAGCAUGUUGCACCUGUGCAGACUGUUACAGUCAAGUGUGUGAGAAAAAAAUCACAAAAGUUCAUCCUGUCUUUAAAUCUUGAUCCUGAUAAUUGGUUUCAGUAGAGAAGGCAGCAUUAUAUAUCCAUUGUAUGGCAAAUAGACCCCUAACCUUACUUGUAGUAUCUCAAUAUAUUGCGCUACAUUGAAUCCUGCCUACCCCACCUUUAAAUUAACGCUCCUUUUAUUGUCCACAGGAUGAGUGAGCGAUACACGCAGAUCGGAAGUAAAGGGGCUCUACUUGUAAUGGUGCUUGUGAUGGCUUUCUGGGAGAUGACCGUACCGACAGAAGGCGCAACAGGUGAGUCAAAUCAUUGUUUAGCCAGGCCAUGAAUUCUGGUUCAAACACGUUUUGGUUUGUGUUCACGCAAUACUUCAUUUUAACAGGCAGAAACCCUCAAGCAGAACCAGACUUGUGUUAGACAGUAAUCUGCUGAGACUGUAUUGGGUUUAAAGAGAGACAGACAGAGGUGAGGUUGAUGCAUGUAGGUGAAAGCAGGCAGGUCCAGAACAUCUGCAGCAGCGAUCCAGAGGAAGUUACAGCAUGAUGGAGCUCAGGGACUCCAAGGAGAGACUGUGUAUGAGUGACUCUAAUGGGACACGAUGAUUUCAAGUUAAUGAAACAGACAGAAAGAGGAUGAAGGAGGGAAAGGUGCUCAAUAGAGAUGGGAGAAAAAAUCCAUACAGAAUAGUAUUGCCAUAUUUUUGUCUGGUGAUAUAUUGUAUUGUCUCAUCCACCUAGUAUCGUUUUUUUUCAAAUUAAUUGCUAAUAUAAAGUCAAAUCUAUAAUAAUGGAAAAAUAAAAUAAAGUGUUUAUCCAGUGAGGUCGGCAGAGCAGGAAAAAGUUAGUACAACAAACAGCAUGUGUGUAGGGACAUUAGGGAUCCAAGUUCUGCACAAAUGAGAUGAACAUGAUAUGAAGUUUGCAAGAUGUGCUACAUGAAAAUAAAAUAUUGCGUCAAUGAGACAAAUAUAUGGGAAAGACAAAUGCUAAAUCAGCUAAGCAGUUGAAAAUAUUAAAUAAAAAAAAUAAUAAAAUAUUGUGCAAUAUGUGGUAUCACAAUACACAAUACAAUGCCUAAAAUCGCAAUAAUAUUGAUUUUUGCCUAUAUUUUCAGCAAUAAAAUGCAGAGAAUAAGAUUCGGUUUCACUCUGAAAAUGUUCCGCCAUUUGAAAAGUUCCCCCGACUUAUCCUGUAGAUAUGUCAACAAGUUUCAGUUCAACCCACUUCACGAUGUUCCCCGCUGUGCUGGUAGCGGUCACCGUCAGUAAUAAUAGAAUAGACAACAGUACACAUUACUGAGGCAGCUGCAUGUCUCCAGAUGAGACCAGACCGGAAAUAGCCUACAGUAAAUCUACAGUAUAUAGUAUACUGUAGAUAUCUACAUAUACAUUUUCUAACUUCAUAAAAAAUUCAAAAAUUCUGCCGAAUAAUCAGUAUCAGCAUCGGCCCCAAAAAAUCCAUUUUUUGUCAGGCCCUAAUUUCCACAUAUGGCCCCUUUAAAAUGACCUUUGAAUUAACCAUGAAAUAAAGCUGAUGUCUAAAAGCAGAGAAACUUCACUUCAGUCCAGACAGAUUUGUUUUGAAGCUACAAUGACAGGAAACUGAAGACUUGAUAAGUCAUGCGUCUGUGUGUGCGUGCACAGAGGGUCACCGCCUGUGAAGUAACACUCAUAUCUACGAGUUUUAUUAAAUUUUCAACACCAGGAUGUUAUGCCAUUAUCCCAAAAAAGCAAAAACAAACAAUUGAGGUCACAUCCCCCAUCCCUGUUUCUGAAGACAGACUGGAUCAUCACUUAUUUCUUAUCAGUAUUGAUGUGUAUUCUGCUGAGGCAAACUGAGGAAAGGUCAGACCCGUCACAUCCUGCUUCGGUUUUCCUCCAUUUUUGGCUAAUCACCUCAUUGACUUGGGCGCGAAACAGCUGACGUAGAAAUGUGUUUUUUGAAAGACAAUAUUCGUGAAAAACAUCUGCAUCCACAUCCUCUUAUGGAUUUCUUAAAAAACUGUGUUACUUUCAUUACGUUCAGUAUGAAUCAGCGACAUGAAUCGACCUUUUGCUGGUUGGAAAAAGAAGCACCAUUGACUGUUUUAUGAGUGUACGGCGCCUAGUUAAUUAAGCAGCAAAGAUUUCAUUUCUGAAAGGUAAAAAUCUUCGUCUCAUGUUGCCACUCAGGUGGAUGUCAGAGAGUAUUGAGACGCUUAUUAUUCGCCGGGACAAAGACACAUUGUGCUGCGCAGAGUCUGACGCUGCAUGUAAGAAGUUGAGAAACACAGGAGACCGAUUCAAAGCUUUCCUGAUCAGUAGUUAUGCUUUUGUGUUAAUUUUAUUCUCUCAGCCUGGUUAUUAUCUUCAUCCGUUGAACUCCAUGCUUUGCGUUUUUUGAUGUAGACUUGCUAUUAUCUGAAAAGUGAAAGGCUGUCUUGAGAUAUGACCUUGUCUGGUGCUCUUUUCUGAGACUUUACAAAGUUUCUCCAGAGCCCGAAAAGACACAGAAGAAGUGUUUUCACUGUCUGAGUCACACUCUUUAUAACUGAUGUGUAAACUCAGAGUUUUCCUUUUUUAAAGAUGUUAUCGCAGCAGAUGUAGAGAAAUAAAUGAAUGAUGAGUGCCACAAAAAGCCCGAGUAUGUGAUUCAAAGGCUUUAAAAAGUGAGACCACCGCUUCAGUUGUCCCAGCACCAUCAUGUGCGUAAUGUUAUCAUUCUGAGAGGUGGUCCAAAGAGGCUCCAAAUGAGGCCGAAGCUCUCAGCCAAGGGAGACCCCAUCUAUCAGUCAGACUCUGGCUACAGUUUGUUUUUCCAUCCUAAGUAACCGAAACAUCAGCUUUGACAGUUGCUUAAAAUAGACCGGUGCUGGGAUGUGAAGUUGAAGUCGAGUUAUGUGGUCUGAGGGUAGCAAAAGUUUUCUUAUUGUUUCGGUCAAAUACAGAACUUUUAUUUUCCCCCCAAUCCAGAAUAAGGAUUUAUUUCUCCUUCAUACUCAAGUUUGAAUUCAUCCAUUAUGUCAAACAAUCAAAUUUUUAAAAUGUGAUUAAUCUCAGAAUUUCAAUUAAUUAAACUUUUUUUUAAUUUGACAUUUAAAAUCAUCUAAUUUUGCACUUUAAAAAUGUUUCAUUUUGUCCACAUCAACUAUAUAAAGCACUUGGGAGUCAAAUGAAUGCAAUAAAAUGUGUUUUAUCAUCUUAACUCUCAUAUAAAUGCUGUACUUUUCACGUGCACUUUUCAUGAGCUCCAGUGUUAUUGCUUUCUCUGCUUUGCGCUUCAGUUUAAAUCACGGCUAUACCUAUCACUUACUUCUGUCGAUAUGGAGCACAUACUGCUUUUGACUUGAGUCGGGCUCAGAGGUGUGAUUAUUUCUCGUCACAGCGGCGGUCCCGAAAACGCUUUAGCUGCUCAAACACUGUGUGCAAAUUGCAAUCAAUUAAAAAUGAUUAACAUAUAAUUUUGAGAUUUAUCGCAUCAAAACACAUAAAUGCUGAUCGCUUUAAUAUUCGUUGGUUACCCACAAAUCCCCCAAUGGAGUCUUGAAGCUGGUGACGGAGACUGAUGACUGCAGGGACCGGAUGGAUGAAUAAUGGCACUGUUGAUUCUGCUAAGACCAGGUGGAGAUGAGGAGGUGGAGGGUGCUGCUCAUGAACCAGCAAAAAAGAACUAGAGGCAGAGAGGAAAUCCAUUCUUAAAAUGAGAGCAGAGCAGGGAUAGGCUGACUGUAAGGGUGUGGCUACCCUGCUAUCUGAUAAGGAAUGACCCGGUGAAUGGAUGUUUAACCAACGACGGCCCUGAGUGAUGACAGCAGGAAAAGUGAGUGGGCAUUCCAGAGAUGAAUGUUGCCAACCGCUUGCUUCUCUAGUUAUACCAACUAUAGUAACCAGUCGAGGCCAGUCCAUUACGAACUGCUGCGGGGUGACACAGCUCAAGGAAGAACAUUUAUGAUCAUUACUUUAUCAUUCCCUUGAAGUAAUAAUCAUCAUAUUAAUCAUUUUGCACUGCAGACACGGUAGUUCUUCUGCCUUAGCUUCUUGGUUUGAUUGCAUUUCCAUGAAGAAAUUAUCAUAAAUGUUCUUCCUCGAUCUGCGUCACCCCGCAGAAGUCUGUAAUGGACUGGCCCGAGGUCUCACUACAAACAAGCUGCUGCUGGAAGAGAGUAGGUGAGUUGUGUUUAGUCUCUUUGCUAAAGAAAUUAGGCAAAGUUAAAAAGAUGUUUAGUGGCUAGUACUAUGGCUGGGACCCUAUAUGUACUGUUGAUGAAGUUAGGUGCUGUUCUGAGCAUUAUUUGUGGCUAUAGAGUGGCGUUUUGGUCGAGGUUUGUUUAUGGCUCCUCAGACCUCUGUGUAUUGCUAUCCUGCGGUCGUUACUUAAGUUGGUAUAACUAGAGAAGCAAGCGGUCGGCAACAUUUAUCUCUCGAGGGGGUGUCUAACUCGGUGUUGCUGGAGCUACAUUUGACUGUAUCAAUGGAUAUGGUAAGAGUGGGUGGUCCUAGUUCGACUUAGGCCAGAACAAUAUCUGAAUCCCCAACUACCAGGCUGCAUAUUUACACCAAUUAGAUCUGUCCAUUUCUGAUCCAAUCAUCAGGUUGGGUGUUAAGCAAGAAGUUAACAGCCUCUUUUUUCAUUUUAUUUUAUUUAUUUGGCUUUUGUUUAACCAGGUUAGUCCCAUUGAGAUUACAAAUUUCUUACAAAGGAGACCUGGUCAAGAGGGCAGCAGCAUAGUUCCUACAACAGAUAAAAUUCACAACAUCUGAACAUUAAACCGAUCUGACAUAAAACAUGUACAUACAGAUGAAGUCAAUUGUAAUGAUUUCACAUUAAUUUUAAAUUCAUUUAGUGUCACAAGAGCUUGAAGGUGAAGUUCAGACUAUAGUUUGUUCCGGGUAUUAGGUGCUAAAAACCUAAAACCCUUCUUGCCAAGCUCAGUUCUUACUUUGGGGACAACUAAAUGAAAAACAUCCAUACAACGGAGAUUGUUUUCUUUACACAACAUCCUAAAACAAAUCCAAACUCUUGUCCUCGUCCUGAACUUUACCAAAGCUAUCCAAACACCCAAACUGAGAGCAUAUCACACCAUAAACCAUGUGUUACAGCUCGUUCCACUCCCAAACUCAUAAAAUGUUAAAAAUUUGUCAGCAAGCUUUUUAAAAGUCAAACUGUGUUGCUGAUUUUCUGUCGCUUAAUUGACUGCUUUAUUUUGAAAGCCUAACCAGGCUCUGUAUUUCUAUUAUUGAUGCUUGGCUGCUUUAUUUUGAAGUCUAAUAGGAGGUGACAUGUUUUCUAUUGCGAGUAUAACUGCUUGUGCCAAAGUGGCGCCAUAGACGUAUCGAAAUCCUAAUAUUUGGGAGCCCAGGGCCACUGAGCGUGCCGCCGUAAUGAGAUGAGAAUGCUUUGUUAGAAACCUGUUGGGUCUGUUUCAUUUGGCCACGGUUUGAAGGCUGAACUCUCCCUCCAAAACACAGUGACCCGCUGCACCAACGAGAGGAAGGACGCAGGACAAACACACCGAGGAUUACAGUCCCAGAGCCUGUCUCCUCUAAUAUGAUGUUUUCACAGCGGAUUUUCUCUCUAUGCAGCCUCACAAAUAAAAUUGUCACUGUCGUAAAUGGGGGAGUAAUUGGAUUGAAACAGCUAUUCUGGAGGUAUGACUCAAACCCGUCUCGGCUUGCCUCAUUAAAAGUGUUGUCGAGUCGUCACUAGUAAACCCGCGGAGAUCAAUUAUGGCAACUCAGCAACAUUACAAGCAGAGGCCAACCCACAUGUUUCAUCUUUGGGAGUCCCACUGACAAUACACGGCAGCAGGUAAUUGGUGGUGCACGGGCGGUGCUGCUGCCCGAUAGGAUGUCCAUUUGCGAGUGUGAUAGAAACUCUGCAUACCUCCUCUCUUUGUCCACCAAUUAGAUAGGAGUGCGGUGGCGCUUUGAUGCCCGUGGAUUUGAUUGGCAGCGAUCCCCACUCAAGGCGCUCAUCAUUCCAGUAGGAAGUGGAUCAGAAUAAUCUCGCAAGCGUUCAAUUUCUCCCUGAUAGCCACAGCGGCCCAUCCUAAUUUCCCCAGAGUGUUAUUUCUGUUGCUGUAAACCUGUUAUCAUUCAGGGGAUGAAUCGAACCCAGAAUAUGUCCAAAAUAGAGAAAUGUAUUUUAGUAGACAUCACACGAGAAGAAGAGCGAAGCUUACAUCCUGACAAACAGGGCAAAUCCAGCUUAUUAAAGAGGGCAGACUAGCUGUGAACUACGAUUUAUUUAAAUAACUGUGUCAGAAGUGUCUUAAAUUAAGUUUACUUCCUUUUCUGAUGUUUGCAGAAAAGUACCUCCAACACAAACUCACAAUAGUCUUUCUGUUUGAACUUCUCCUGUUAUGACCAGAUAGCGAGGACGUCUAAUUCAUUUUCAUUAGCAUCUGUUAUGAUCAGUCCUUUCAGUUUCCUGCUCCUCUGUGUUUGUUCACGCCCCCUUCCUAACUCAACUCAUUCGUCCUUUCUCUGGGGGUCUCCUAAAGGAAGAAAACAAACACCAGAAAGAAGUCAAAGUAUGAUAGUUAUCACCUUGAAUACAGCAGCACAAGUUUCUCCAAAACCUGAACCUACUGUUCAGCAUUACUGGGGAAAUCUUUCUAUGCCAUGGGUGCCUCCAUGCUUUUCAAAAUGAAUGUCAGAUUUAUUGUUUUCUCUUUGCGUUGUACAGCAUUAACUUGCAUAUGUGAAUACAUUUGCAAGACAAUGUUUUUUGAGCUAAUACAGUGAUUUCCACCACAAUUCUGUGUCCUUCUUUGUCGCUGGAAUGUCAGGAAACCAUGACCGACCAGCAUCAGGUUUCAGCUUUGACUCUUUUGUUAAAGAUUUCUCCAGAUUCUCUGAAUCUUACGAUAAACAAUGUACCAUAGUCCGAGAAACCCUUCAAUUCUUUGACCUUUUACACUCAGGAAUAUUUCUGUGCUCUGUUUUUACUCUAUAACCUGUUGCUAAUUCUUGCAAUAAAUUACAUGGGUUUUUCUAUUAGCAUGCAACUUUUUUGAGUUUUCUCACCAAUUUCCCAAUGAUUUGUACAAUUUAUAGACCAUCAAAUUUAGUUUUAUCAACAUUUUUUGCGGUGGCGACUGUUUUGAAAACUCAGAAAUAAGUUGUCUGGCUCCUUAAAUGACGUCACACAAGAUGCUGUGUUUAAUAUGUAACCAGUAAAGAACUUGUUUUCAUUUUUCUCCACUCUGCAAAAAGAUGACCUGUUAAUUGGCAGAUUCCCUGAGCAGAACCAGAGUAAUAGGUGCAGAGACAAAACAUAAGAAACAAUGUUCAAUGCAAUGAUUAAUCAAUUAAUAAAAAUGACUACUACUCCAAAAGUGUUGGGAAGGUUGGAACUUUUUUUGAUAUUAAGUAAUACAUAUUGUUGUAAAUAUAUAAAAGUUAAUUAUCGGCGUGUGGGCUUACUCAAGCAAAUAGUUGUUCUGUAGCUGCCUACCCCAACUCAGUGAUCGAGACGUAUCGACAUUAUUGUAGAAAACAAACAAACAAACAAAAAAACAAGUCUUCAUCCCUCUCCAUCUUUUAAAUUUCAGCACAUCACUGCAGACAUUGUGGUCGCCCAGGAGAGUGUUGGGAGUUAAAAUGUUGACCUUCAGAUCCUGCUAAUACGACCCUUUCAGGCAGCCUUGAAUCUUCCAGUCCACAAAAAAGAAACCACUUAGAGAGAGGCUCAAAGCACAGCUGUUGCUAAGGAGGAGGAUGAACCUGAGCGGUGAUGAAACAAACUCGGUGAACAACCUUUAGAAGAUGUACAAACAGUUUGCAGUAUCUGAAGAGAAACUUUCCUUUCUCUUGACAUUUUUUGACAAAUAACCACCACGUCUGGUUUGUGCGUCGAACAUCUAACAUUGUUGCUUGCUCUGCACCUUCGAAUUUCUGCACUUUGUAAUAAAAGUGAUUUACACCGUGCAUAAGAAAGAUCUUGCCAAGAAGGGUGAGCAGUGUUUGCACCCUUGAGAGAGCAGUAACACUCACACAACAGGAUCCUGGUGUUAAACAGGAUAAGGAACACACUGUAAGUAUUUUACAGCUGCAUCGACUUCUCUUGAAUCUGAUUUGUAAUCCCAAUUAACACCUAGCUCCGCACCUCAGGAUGCAGGUUUGUACUGAAGGCACAAUGUCUCUAUUGGAAAGGUGUUUGUUUCUGCUCUGCAUAGUCGAUGUUUAAAGGAAAGCAAUAAUUACAUUAUUAUUCCCAGUGGUUUCAUGCACGCUUCGAAACAUGCAGCAUUCGCAGUUUCUCAUUGGUCUCUAGAGGCGCGGAAUGAAAGGAAAGUGGCCCCUCGCUUCACGCUGAAAGCACUUGCAGAUGAAAAGUCUCAACAGAGUAAACAGAUUCCCUGCAAAAACACAAUAUUACCUGAUAGACUACACCGAACGCUGACAGUUCAUAUAGAAUAAAUCAUCAAGACAUGAUGAAACCUCACCGUGAGUUAAACUACUUGAUAAAGUCUUCAAGUACCGGUGGUAGCUCGCCAGAUUUUCCCUCGGUCUGGUCUCCGCUUGUUGCCUGGCAACCUCACAGCGAUGUGGUGUUUUUAUUUCACUUUAUUUUAUUAACUUUUUCUUCUACAGGUGAAUAAUGUGUUAAUUAGAGACCUUUAAAGGUCUUAAUAGGUUUAUUUUUUACCAUCAGACAGAAUUAAACCUCCAAUUUGAGCCUGUUUGAAGCCUUAAAACCAAGUUUACGAACAGGUGGUUGUAGAUUUAUCAAACAGAGAUCCCAAUCUUAAAGCUCCUGUGAGGACUCUUUCGAAAUAAACAACUAGGAAGUAUAUUGAAAGUCAUACUGAUGCCUGUCUAUGAUAUCUAAAAGCGAAUAAAAAAAAAGUAAUUUUUAUACUUUAAUUCUUAAUACCUGAAACCAGGGCAGGAGGAUGUAUGUCAGCUGAGGAACUAGACAAAUUAUUGUUUUUUUACAAUUUUGGUACAAAAUACUUACAAACAGGGCUUGCAGCAGAUAAAAAUCCUGUGCCUGAAAAAAAAUUUUUAUGCGGGGCUGAGGGUGGGGGGUUGACACUAUGUAUACAACAGAUGAAGCGUACAACUUCCAAAAGUGAGCAAGAUGAGUUUUUUGUGCGCAGCUACAACCUGAGAAGAUCGAAGACAAAAGCGAUAAGUGCUUUGUCCACAGGGGGCACCAAAAUCAACAAAUAGCAAAAGUUCCUUACAGUAGCUUUAAAGAAAGUGAAAAUAUUUUGUGACAUUUUGAGAAAAACGCUCCGAUUUGCACUUUAAAUAUAAAAAAAUGAUCAAACAGUUCUUUGAGAGCUGACUUAAUUGAACCUCUGAUUUAUUCUCACAUUACUUAUACAGCAGCCGACUCUGUCGACCACUUAGAAGCAGCGUAACAAGCUGUAAAGACAGCGGUGACAUGUUGUUAUAAAUUUCUAAUGCUGUCAGUCUUCUCAUUUACCUCUCACGCACAAGCAGACUCUAACAGUAAUGAGUUUCUGUACAGUAGCUGCAUUUUACAAAGCAUGAACACGAGCAGUAGGAUGGUCUCUGAGCACAUUAUGGCCAUCUGUGCUCAAAAGCUAUUGAAAGUUGUCCUGCUUGUUACCACAGCAUGUAAAGCCUUUUUCUUCUUAUAAUAAUAAUAAUAAUAAUAAUAAUAUGGUGUAUUUCCCUGUUAUUGAGCACUAGUAUUUCAUUUAUAGGCGUAUCGAAAAUCCUCUUAUUGUUGAUCUUAGGAGGGAUUGCCGAUGGGCGAUCCCUCUCCCCUAUUGCCUUCAUUGACGCUCUACAUUAACAGACUUUUACAUGUGAGUGGAGUCCCUGUCUUUAACUGUAGUCUCCUCUGAUCCAUCAACAGAGAGUCUUUUUCACAUGGAUCCAUCUGUUGCUAAAUCAAUGCACUCGACUUGGCACGUGCUGACUAGCAGGAGUGUGUCCAGACUGUUUUUUGGCAGGGGUGGCCCAAACCGCGCACUGACACCGCUGUGGUGGUAUGAAGUAUGUGAGCCCACGCACCAAUACAUAAGAUUUCUCUUUGCAUCUGAGUUGUAACGCUGGACAUGUAGUUCGUUUUAACAUCAUUAUUGUCUCUGAAGAGGCAAAAAAUUUUCCUAUAUGAUGUAAAACUUUCAGGGGUUUUGCUCCAGAUUACAAAAAAUAACAAAACCUAACACUAAAACUUUGAAAACUCAACUUGAAUCAAGGAUUUUCAGAAAAUAAAAUCAAAACUAAACUAAAACCGGUCUUAAAAACUAAUCAAAAUUAAUGUGGAAUCAAUCCAUUAAUGUGGUUUAUCUGAAUUUAGGUUGUCCACGAUUGAUUUUAAGACCUUGUUCAUUUCUCAAGGUCUAUCGGGACAUUGUAAGGCUUCCAAAUUUUCUCCAAAAGUUUCUCUGAACCUUAAGAAAGUUUUUCCAAAAAGUGUAUCCUUCAGAAUUCAGCAUAUUCGCUUGUGUAUUGGCAUGUUUAUUUUCCCUGAUAUGAACCUGAAUUAACCUUAUUUUCAGCCUUUCAACUAGUCAAGAAAUCCCUGAAUCUUGGUGUUGUUUAAAUAUAUCACAAAAAGCGUCCAAACAUAACUUUGACAAGGAAGCUGACUGAUAAUGGAUGAAUGAUGGAUGGUUAAAUGAGCUUACAAAGAGUCUGAACUGUAAGUAAAGUGAAUGACAUAGUUAAACUGGUGUAAUUCGAACAAGUCAGCAGGAAAUCAGUCUAUUUUUAUGUGUAUUUUCUCAUUGGCUCAUGCCCAGCUCUCUGUCGGAUCACAUGAAACAAAUUUAAAGAUUCACCAAAGGAGACCAGAACAGGCUGGAAUUGUCUUUGUUUACAUUUCCCCCAGAGGACGUUCUGCAGAACCCAGUUAAGGAAGAAAAAAAUCUAUUUUUGUUUUGUUCUGUGGUUAUGGGUGAAAGUGGGGCAGGAGCAGCACAGAGGAAAAAAAAGAGAAAAAACAAAAACGAAUGAAGGUGUAAAUAGGAAGAGGUUGGUAAAAUGUCAACAAAUCCACUUUGAUUUCAUUCGUCACUGAGACUUACAGGAUUUGAAGGGGAUGAAAUCUGACUCAUUAUCAUCCCUCUUUCUUCUGUACUGAUAUGUGAGCAGCCUUUGCUUUAGAGGAGCUGCUUUUGAUAAUGUGCUUUAUUAUCUCUGUUUCAUGACCAGUAUGAUGUUGGCAGAAUAAUCGGUUUCUAUUUCCUGACAAUUGAAAAAAAGAAGGAUGCACAUGUCUGGUUAUAAAAACAAAGGACUUUUGUAAUAUCUGUUCUUGCCUGUUCUAGCACAGCAAUUAUGCCACAUGCUAUUAUUAUAUUAUAGCUUAACUUAAAGCUCCUGUAAGUAACUUUUGGUUUGUGUUAAUUUGGCGUUUUUAUGGACAAAGCAGCCCUCGCCUAAUCUGUCUUCUACACGCUGAAGUGUCUUUUGAAAAUGGAUCAAAAUAAGUUUCAGUCUGCCACAGGUGUCAAAAACUCCUCACAGGAGCUUUAAUGUGAAAUAUGGUGAAAUCUUAAGCUUCCGUUAUUGCAGCGAACCAACAGUCCAGCACCCACAUUGUGGAAAUAGCAAAUGAAACUAGCACCUAUGUAGAGGCUAGUCUCCAAACAAGUCUUAAAAUGGUCAGAACCCAUGGUGUCAUGUUGCUAUCAAAGGAAGUGUGUCUGCCUAGGUUAAGAGAAAACAGGUCUGAAGGCGAUGCUUUUCUUCUGUCUAGAGGGUGCAAUAGCAAGAUAGUAAGAUGGCCAUAAGGGUCCACAUCACAGAUUCAUUUUCUUUGUGCCCGUAUUAAGAGAUGCACAACUGCGCCCUCUCUCUAACCAUCUCCACACACAAAGCGCAAGUAAAAUCAUUCGCGCGAAUGAAUUACAUGUUAAGUCAAUGCAAAGACGUGACUAGACGCUCCUACUUCUCUGGCAGCGUGAAUGAUGCAAAUUGGACGGGAGCUGAAAAUGUCACAACUUGAGCGGAUAUUCACGUCCCGAUAACUAAUAAGCACGAAGGUCGCCGGGCUACAUUUGAAAACGGACGGUUGCUCACUGGUAUCUAAAAUGGAGGACAAACUGAUAGCGUCGGUGUGUGGGUGCCUUAGGAUACCUUUUCUUUCAAUUACCGAAACCGGAAUUAAAAGGAGCUCACCUGGGGGCAAGUGAGUGAGGAGGUCGGAUGACCUGGUUGUCAAAAAUUGUCAAAAAACUUUGCCUAUCACUUGAUCCCCCAAGUUGAAUUGGCAGGGAUUACCAUUGUAACUGAAAAUGACGGGAGUAAAUACUAUUCAUUCAUGCGUCUAGAUUCACAUGAAUUGAGCGAGUAGAUGAUUUUACUUGCGCUUGGUAUGAGCGCUCCAUAAGAGUAAGAUCAGGUUUUUCUGGAUACAGUAAAGUGAGUAUUUAUUGGAACAGGGGGCUUGGAAACACCGACCAUCAUGUCCACACAAAUUCAACUGAUUGAGACUCAACAGUAUCCAUUAUGCACUCAGUCAAAAAUACAGUUUGAAAAAGUUUCUUUUGUUUCUGCUGGUCAGAGGGAUUGUUUCAUUAAAUAUCAAUACAUGCACUGACUCAUAACUCAUAGUGAGACCUGGAAGUGUUUUUGUGCUUUUUGAGGCUCAGAGGAAGGAGGGAAGCUUGGUGCACUGGCUUCUUCUUGGUCUGUUUGUUUGGAGAGACUAAAAUCUGCCAUGUGAAUAGCAACAUCCCUACAUGACUCAUACAGGAUGAUAAGAGAGGACCCAUGCUGAUCGGUUACAUUUAUUACACCCAAAACACACUUGUGAAUAACCAUGGGAUUAGAUAAACCUCUUUGCACCCUGGCUCUCAUUCAAUACCUCUAUUGUAGGCCGUGCAAAACAAGCAAAAUGCGGCUAAACGUGCCCUUGUUCCUUUUGCUCCACUUUAGACAGCUUAAGAAGGACCCAAGGUGAAUUAACCAACGCUCUCUUCAUCCUUUUAUUUAACUAAUUGGUUAUUCAGUGUUAGCUCAAUGCUAGGUCCUUUAAAAUCAACGCAAAGGUAAAGUUUGAUUAAUCUAACACCAUGAAGAAAUACUUUUCUCAGAGCAUUUUUCGAAUAUCUCAGUGUCUCAUUUUCCCCUCAGCGUUAAAACUCUCCAUUACUGUCAUGUCUUCUAAAAAACUCAAGUCACCGUUUCCUGCGUUUCCACCCAGGCAUGAUUCAUUCCUCUUGUUGUGUUGCAGCAUUCCACUCGGCUAUGAUUAGCCAUGAAAAGCUGGUGUUUUAUUUCCAAACAGGUUUUCUUUUCCUGGCGAGAUGACGGAUGCUUUGGCUCACUGGGUGUUGCUUUUGAAAGCUCCCACAUCUGAUGCAAACAGUGUCUUCAUUUUUCAAACACAAUCUGCUGAUGAGUGUCAUCAACAACAGACACACCAGAGCUCACAGCUCAGGGGGAUCUAUUAGGAAAGGAUUGGAGGGGCUGGUGGUUGAGAGGGUCUACAUGGGGGGAAAGUGUCCACCUGACAGCUCAGUCUGUUUAUUACAGAUUUGAGCUGAAGGUCAGCUGCUUUGUUGUGUGAGUGUGCGAGUUAUUGGGUUUCUUAAAUCCUGAGCAUGGAUGCGGAUCAUUAAACUGUUUUUACAUUCUGUGACAUCUUAUUUUUAGCGCUCGUAUUGGCAAAAGAUUUAAGGACUUGUCUCUCUCACUGUUUCUCCAACAGCACUUCUAAUGUGAGCAAACAAGCCUCGAAGCAACAACACGCAUGCAGGCUUUGAACAGGAAGUAUAAUUAGAAAAGACAUAAAACAGUGUUUUCUUUUGUUAUUUUUAAAAGUACAUCUCAACUGUUGGUGAUUUCCUCUCAUCUACCUUCAGGCAACACGCCUCGGGGCUUUUCGUUUGGGACAGACACAUCCGCAGAUACGAAUCCAGCUUUAAACUCUGUGCUGUAGAGUUGAAUAAACGUUUAAAGUAAAGGGUCCAUGCAGCUCUUUUACAUAAAACAAAGUCAAAAUCUGAGGGGGAGUCCAUUCAAACAGUUCUGUCUUUCAUAUUUCUGUACCAACAGCAGGCUGUGAUCUCGAACUAGAACUUUUAAAGUCAGCUGAUCACAGAUAGACUCAAACAAAGAUGAUAGCCUCCACCUAUACCUACAAAAAACUACUGUUUUACUAAAUCUGAAGACUCACUCCGAUGACAAUCAUGGCAUUUUUCUGAUGCUACAGGAUACAUCAUGCAAAAACUAAGAGCAAAUUUACAUUUCUGAGUAUUUGUGCAUUCAAAUCUCUGUGAACUUCCCACAGACACAAAUGGCAGGUUCAGACACAGUAGGAUUUCUAUGUCACAACUCCAAGCUCCGCCCCCUUUGCCCUGCUCUGCAGGCCAGACUCACAGGAGUUGAGAGAUGAUUGUGAAACAAGCGUGUGCGGUUGCGGAUUACAAGAAAGAUAAUUAUGAUAUUAGCUUUUAUCGUGUCCCCAAAGAAAGGGUGACCACAUUUUGACUUCCCAAACAGAGGACAUGACUAUGCGGGGGCGGAGUCACAGAGUUGCAUGAGGUUUUCCUGGUUGGAUCAAGUGUCUUUUAUGUGCGUGUAACUUAGUAAGUCCACAUGACACAAAAUGGGAACUCUCGUACAAAAUUGCGGACAUUUGAAUAAUUUUUAAAACUUCCCCGGACAAAGCCAGACAAGCCUGGACAAGCCUGGACAGCGCCCCAAAAAGAGGACAUGUCUGGGUAAAAGAGGACGUAUGGUCACCCUACCCAAAGACAUUAGUGUCAGAGAGCUGAAUAGCUCCAUGUUACCUGCCACUUCUAUUACACUGGAAAUGUUAGGCUACAAGCUAACGUAAGGAGGAGUGUGCAGAGCAGCGCUGUCUCCACCCACGACUCAGAGGUGAAUUGCCAAUGAGCUACUGGAGUUUUGCAGGAGAAAAGUUCUUGAAAUGAUACAGGUAACACAACUUUGGCUAAAAAACUUCAUAAUCACAAUUUAACGACUACUGAGAACACUUUACAGAAUAAUAAUAAUAAAAAAAACAAUUGGAGAGGAGCUUUAAUCACUUGAUCCCACUUUCUUUAGAUGUAUUUCAUGAAAAGGAAACCUGCAUUACUAUCAGGUCAAUACCACAUCUCCUGCACAAACAGUAUAUUUGCAUUUUAAAGGUGCUACCAGAAGACUAUCCUGGGAAAUAGACGCUGUCUUUGGCUUGCUCCAUUUGGUGAACAGUGAUGAAAUGAAUCAUGACAGAGGAAGGAAGUCUGAAAAAAACAGCAUUAUACUUUCAAGAUACAUUAUUUCCCCGGAGAAAAAGACACUCUGGUGCUUUAAAGUGACUUUAAAUAGACAUUCCUGAUCCUUUUCUUUUUAACCGCUGUCCUUGGAUCUGAAUUUUUGUUAAAAAAAAACCCUCAAAUCUCAAUUCUUCAUUUAAGCGUUUAGUCAGGAAGCUUCAAGUUUUGUAAAAUUCAGUCAGUUUAAUUCAAUAAUUCAUAUUCAGGCUGCGUUAAAGAUGCAUUUUAGAACUGGGCCAUCAAAGUGAAGCAAACUACGACAGAACUACUCCAGUUUCAGGUGUAAAAUAUGUGUAAAAAUAUUCCCUGUAUUUUUUAUGCGGUGGCACAUGUAUUUAUUCAUUUAUGGCGUUCUGCCGUUUUGGAAAGCCUCAGGUGAGAAGCCUCCAGAGUAAAGUGAAAACAGGUUAACUGGGGACUCAGCAUCCAUAUGGAGAUUUUCUUAACAGCCGUGCCAGCAGAAAAAAAACUGAAUUCAGCUCUUUAAAUACCCUGGCAUCAUGCUUGUCUUAUAAAACUUUAAAACAAAAUCCACUAAACAACCACAGCAGCUGAUGUGACAGCAUGUCCGGCGCUGAGGGGAUCGGCUCUGUCACAGCAGAAGCAGCAGCAGCAGCAGCGGUGCAGCAGAUUCAAAGCUGGGCUGUAGGAUUCCCAUGUGAAAUGCUUUUCUCUGUACAUUCUGGCAGGAGGAGCAGAACAGGCUUCCAAGUGCAACUCUAAAUCCAGUCAGAAAAACCACAGCCUCUCAGUGUGAAGCGUGUCCUUCAGAGAGGUACUGGCAGCACCUCUCUUACAUCUAAAGCAGCUCGCCACGCUCUGUGUUUGUCUCUCACAUCUUCUUUUGUCGGGGUGGAGCGGGAGUGAGCAUCACGCAAAUUUCAAGCUUCCGCCUGCAUUAUUACUGAUGUAUAAAGAAGCGAGAAAUGGGUGGGUAGCGAAGGAGACAAGCCGUCACGGGCUGAGUCCAGAGUCAGAGUGAAAUUUUCUUUCUUCUCCAUCCGUCUGUCUUAUGUUUGACUAGUCAUAUUAUACCUGCUGUUAGCUCAUAUCUUAUACCAGCAGCCAUAAGUUAGUGUUUGAAGCUAUUUCAAGGUCCAAAAUACUCAAAUGUGAGAUAACAGCCCACUUUAAAUCACUACCUUUAGCAGAAAUAUAUGAUUUUAGCUGAAGUAACAUAAGUAUUUGAUCAACACGUACAUCUCAUGUUAAAGGGAUAUUCCGGCAUGAAAUUAAAACACAACGUAACACAGAGUUAGACACCCCCUCGAGAGAUGAAUGUCGUCAACCGCUUCCUUCUCUAGUUAUACCAACUUUAGUAACGACCACAUGAGGAGCCAAGCACACAACUCAACCAAAACGCCACUCUAAAGCCACAAAUAAUGCUCAGAACAGCACCUAACUUCAUCAACAGUACAUACAGGGUCCCAGCCAUAGUACUAGCCACCAAACAUCUUUUUAACUUUGCUUAUUUUCUUUAGCAAAGAGGCUAAAAACAACUCACCUACUCUCUUCCAGCAGCCGCUUUUUAGUUGGCAGAACUCAGACAAGUCCAUUACCGACUGCUGCGGGGUGACACGGGUCAAGGAAGAACAUUUCUUCAUGGAAAUGCAAUCAGACAGAGACGCUUAGGCAGAAGAACUACCGCGUCUGCAGUGCAAAAUGAUUAUCAUGGUGAAUUUUACUUCAAGGAGAUGAUCAAUAAAUAAUCAUAAAUGUUCUUCCUUGAGCUGCAUCAUCCCUCUUUGUUUUUCGCCAAAAUAUCCCUUUAAGUUAUUUUUAGGAAAUAAAACGUCAACUUUAAGUAAAGCUCCCAUUUUCAAGUGAUCGUCUUUUUUAUCUAUUCGCCUCGUCAGGGAUGAGACACUUUAAAAUAAACUUAAUGGCCACCCCAACAACACAGAUGCAGUAGUAAAUGUUAUUUAUUUGUAAGUUGGCUCACAUACGUCAUGCCACCCCGACAGUGUCAGUGCUGAGGUUGGGCCACCCCAGUCAAAAAGUUCUGGACACGCCCCUGCUUGUUAGUGCAAACAGUCUUGGUAGCUCAAAAGUCAAUGUGGAUCGCCCAUCGGUACUCCCUCACCUGCCUCAUCCUCAGUUUGAACCGAUAAUAGGUUGAUCCAUCCAGAUCGAGAGAUUUUCUUUAACAAAAUCAGAAUCGAGGUCACCUAAAUUGUAUUUUUCUUCAACUUCUAUGUCAAAAUGUAAACGUGACGAUGUAAGAAGAGCAGCAGCUGCUUUACAUGAGUGUCAUUCUGAAAAUUAAAAGUCUGUGGGUGAACAAAAAGUUGUCCUGGUAUGUAAACAUUUCAGAGAAAGUCCACUUUGGAAGUAGCCAGAAUGAUACAGUGAGCAGAUCCAUGAAUAACCAUGAGCAGUUAAAAAAUUUUAAAACCUUACUCCUUGUCGAAUGUCUCAUUUGCUAACUUUAUGAAGGCCUACUAUUUGUCUGCAAGGCGACCCAUUUGUACUGUACCAAUAAGAUCCUUCAGGUGUAUUAAAAAGGAGGAGUUACAGUGAAAUACAACCUUUGCUAGAUGUCAUAACUAACCAUUUUACCAGCCGAUUUCAUCACUGUUCGUCUCAGCUGACAGUUGUUAGAGCAGGUGGAAAGCAUUGCUGUUCACUAAUAUAACAGGUUGAAGUGAAAGUAUAAUUAUCUGGGUUUGGUUGAGCUGCCUCUGUGCAGACAGUGAGGGUGGAUCUCACAUUCACAGUCAUUUCAGAUUUACUGUUUACCGCAGCAGCAGCAGCAGCAGCAGAGAGAGUCUCAGCAGAAGGACACCUUAAGAAAAUGUCACAAGCAAUUAGAAGAGAAAGGAGCCGCUCAGGCUCUAAAUAAUUCAGACAAUGGAGCAUGAUCUGGAAAUUGGCUCCAAAUUCUGCAGAGCUGUGUGUUUUUUUUUUUUUUCCCCCAUCAUAUAUCUGCUUUUUCUUGUUGUGGAGAAUGUGGAGCAGCAUCAGUCCCAAUCAUUUCAUGUCAUACCUGAGUUAUUAUUUAUUCAAAGGCUGAAUUUUUCCCUGCAGGAUAAAGAUAAUGUUCAUGUUUACGAUGCCAGGUCCUGAUUGGCUGCCUCCACUACAGGGCUUAGAGCUGCAGCUAGUUCCAAAAGGUCUUAAAGGGACACACACACACAGAGGCGAUGUCACAGGGAGUGUGAUUCGACGUUUGACCAUGUCUCUUUUUUUGUCACCAGUGCUGUUACAAGCUGAAAGCCAGUUCUGCUUUUACAUUACAGCUUUGUACUUUCAUAUUAACUUCACACGGCAAAUUACUGGUGUCUCAGUGUGUGAUUUAACACUGCUUAACAGCUGGAGCUGACACACACUCAGACAUAAACACACACACACAGAGCUACUCUGCUUCGCCUUCACGGCUGGCUCACUGUGAUCCCGUCUUGCCUCUGUUACUACCUUGGAUGCCAACAAAGCGAGACGACUUAGCUCCACCGUCACACCUCUGUGACAAUCAUAUUGAAGGCGAGUUGUUACAGGGGUGUAAGAUUCAUAAUAGGCCGAAGGGUUUUCCUUUAAUAACAUAUAAAAGUUUGGUUAAAACUCAUUAAAUCCCUGCGUGAAGUAAAAAGACAGUAAAAAGAGAAGGUUUGUGUAUACACUGCGGACAGUUUUAAGCUGACUCCAUCAUAUACAGGGGUCGUUGAGUUGUUGUUUCAUGAUGGAUGGUUACUUGGUAUCAAAUGAUGCGUUAACUUUUCUUCGUUUCAUCUCACCAUGCCUGAGUUUUUAAUGCAGGUUUCAGCUGCUGUGGUGUGCAGCUGCAGACAAACAGCUCUCUUAUAUGAUUCUGUUUUAUGUUGGAAAAAAACCCUGAAGAUUGAGUCCCAAAUGCGCACUCCUCCCACAUUUUCGUUCAACAUGCAGUGCAUACUCUUUAUCAAUAUUUACUUUUUAGAUAGUGCAGGAAUGAUUCUGCAAAGUCAGAUUUACCCGAGGUUUCUACCGCAUCCGGAACGGCUCCGAUUCGAAAUUCACGUGCAAUCACGCGAUAACAAGUUGUCUUUAGCCACAUAGGCUAACCAUUUAAGCCGCAGAUUGUGUCCUUCCAGAGGAGAGAAUCUACUUCUAGAUUAAUAAAACCAGCAUCUCCUCAUCCAUGGUGUCAUCUGGGUGAAACGCUGUCUAUAAACCUUUCACUUGUUCAUUCCUGCCCGUUUGCAUGAUGUGAAAUAAGAUCUGCCUGAAAGUGUUUUAUUUUGAAAAGUAGCCAGAUGUUUUCAUACAGUAGUUUUCAUACAUGCUACGGCAAUCUGCAGCAGAACGGAAAGAAGCCGGUGGAAAUUGUCACAUGAACUUGAAUGGUUACGAUCAGCUACGGUCAGCGGAUACGGCCAUUUUGUAGAGAUUCUGGAUGCGGUGGAAAUUGGGGGUUACCCUACCAGUUUGGAGAUUUGAAUUGAAUGAAUGGACUGUUUGCAUUAUGGGAAGUGUAGGCUGCAGCAUGUUUUUGAUCCGGACCAAUUACUACAAGUUUUCCUCAAAUUAUUCAACCAUUUUCUCAAUCUGUGUCUUUAAAUAAGACUUUUAACUCAAACUACUGUCUAUUGGCAUGAAGCUAAACUGUUGUAAUGCCCCUUUAAUUUCUUUAAAUUUCUAUAUGAGUUAUGUAUUAUAUUUGGGAACAUUAAAAUCAGAAUUUCUAGCUUUUAAUAGAGGAAAGUUUUGAGAGAGUGUUGAUUAGAGAAUAAACAGAGGUAUUUUUAAGUGUAUUAGAAUAAAUAACUGUUGAUCUACUCUUGAUUGAUUAUUCUGUCUCGCCUCUCAUUUCUCCAGCAGCGCACCACGUCCGGACAGGAACCUGCGAGGUGGUGGCGCUGCAUCGCUGCUGCAACAAGAACAAAAUCGAAGAGCGGUCACAAACUGUGAAGUGCUCCUGUUUCCCCGGGCAAGUGGCCGGCACCACCAGAGCCGCUCCGUCCUGUGUAGAUGGUACGCUCCGGCUGAAUAUUUCAUGGGUCAUCUUCUCCCUUUUUUGCUGAUACUCCUUUCCACAAAUCUGGAGGAGUGGUUUUGCUGAGCUCAUCGAUAAAUGCUCCGGCAGACACUAAGUCACAUGAGUAUAAUUUAGUCUGGAAGAUGCUGUUAGGAAGCAAUUUAGGGCAGGAGAAAGGUAGUCUGAGUUUAUCUGGCAGUUACAUCAGGUAUCAACUUAAAUUAUCAGUUUAACACAAAUGACUCUAAAUACACAACUUUUACAUCAACAGAUUAAAUAACUUUUUAAUUCCUCUUCUAAAUUCUGCUCAUACAUCCUCUAAAUAAUAAUUUAGAGUUACAAGAAAAUUAAGUUUAAUUGUCUGGGUAUUAAAAGUGGAAAUAAAACGCGCAUCUUUUCUUACUAGUAGUGGUCAGAUAUAUUUUAAUAAACGAACUUGCCAAACAUCGGAUUUUGAAAAAUGGCGAAAAACCAUAGAAAUGAGUUUAUUUUGUAGUUUCUAGCUGGCUCUCCACUCAGCGAGCCGCCAUCUUGAAGUGACAUUGUUGAUUACGUCUCAGGGUGGGUUGGUGAACGGAGGGCAAGAAAGACGUCAAGAGAGGACGGAAAAUUUUGUAUGAAAAAUGGACGAGGACGACAUACUUUCUCUAAAUGACAACUCUGAGUUACAAUAAAGUUAAGUUGAAUUUUCUGGGUAUUAAAGUGGAAAUGAAACGCGUAUGUUUUGUGACUAGUAGAGGUCGGAUAUAUAUUUAAUAGAUGACCUAGCCUAACAUCGGAUUUUGAAAAAUGGCGAAACUAAAACUGAAAGUAAAACUGAGGCAAAAAAAAGUCCAUCAGCAACACGACAAAAUAGUUUCAAAUUGUAUUUUUUUAAUGUCUAAACUACUCCAAAGAAAAAAAAAGUGAAUCACCAUGUCCACAGGGGGCGCCAAAAUGUCAACUGGUGUAAUUUUCAGUUACUAUUUCGGACUGAUGGCUUCGACGCUCUCCACAUUUACAGAGGUAAUAGCUCCCAUCACAGCAGUAGCUGGUUCAAAAAUUCUCCAAAUAGUUUCUCAAAUGUCUAAUUUUCUUUGUAGCAGCUCUUGCUGUAAUUAAGGUAGAUCUACUCUGCCUAAUUCUGCUAAAUAAUCCUUUUUAUAUUUGACUUUUUCACUUUUGGGAAUCAAGCGUUCUGAGCUUACAGCGUCUCCUGAAGGCUUUUUAAUCACCUUUAAAUGAAUGUGAAGCUGUCCUCUGCACACUGUAAAGUCACUGACCUACAGGGUCUUUAGCAUGCUAAUGUGUCUGACCCCUAACUCGGCUGAAGUGUCUGCCUCACUUUAGUCUGAACAGCAGCCAUUUCUUGCUAAGCUCUGGACCCAAUUGUGUUUGACCUAUUCCUUGACAUUUUACUAUUGACAUUUUCUGCAAAUUAAAGCUGUGAGCCACCGGCCUCAGUUUAAAGCUCCGCGGGUGAUCUCAGUAAAAAAUGAUCAGCACUUAACCUUUUAAUUAUUCUUUCUUCUACGACCAAGGGAUUACCUUUAGCUCCACAUGGUGUGAGACCAGAGCCUUCUUAUAUGAAGAUAAAUGAACUUGAAGACAUCUGGGAGGAAAAAAAAACUGAAUUUUAAUGUGCAAUUCUAGGAGGAACAAUACCAGCACACUUGAACUAUAACAAUACCAUUUGGCUUUGAUAGCACCGUCAUCAAUGCAGACGAGCCUAAAUAUUGUGAUAAUAAUAAUGACAUGUUAUCGUCAUUACAGCUCAACAUACUGGAUUGGUAAUAUUCCAAGCAGCUCUGUGAACUAAAGGUCACUGGUUUAAUGCAACAUAAGUCAGAAAAGAGGACUGAUAACCAACUAUUCAUCCAUCUGUUUGGUAAAUAUGAAGCUUCUGAGGCUUGAUUCGCGUAUCCACACUGACGAAUACUUAUUUGGUAUUUAUUACUACGAUUACAUAUCAAUACUGAACUGUAAGAAAAAUGUCAUUUCAUUUUAGGCUAACUGUCUUUUAUAAUAUUAAAGUUCCUUACAGUCUACCCAAAGUUGUACAUUUCACAGGGUUCCUACGCAAGUAUGGAAAAGUAUAAAAGUAAUUUGAUCAAUGUUCAAAAAUAGUUCUAAAAAGUAGGGUAUGGAAAAGUAUGUGGAGGAACCCUGACUUCAAAAUAAAAGCAUAGUUUGGCAGUGCUGGCUAUCAAAAUAAAAGCAUGACAAUCAGUUAACAAGACCUUGUCUUCUUCUCAGAAAUUUUGAUGAUGGAUCAUAAAGUUGAAUAGUAUAACAAAUACAUCAUGACAUAUGAGUCAGCUGUGUUUAUGAGUCAAGUUUGUGAAGUCAUGUGUUGCUCCACCCUCGUCCCACCAUUCCUCAGAUUUACUGAUUGCUUUGUUCUACUUUCAAGUUUCCAUAAAUAUCGAAAUAACAUCGUUAUCACAAUCUGUUAUGGCCAAGAUAAUCUGAUACAUCCUGACAGUCCUGCUAGAAGCUGCAAUCUAAAGACUCUUGGGUUUUUUCUUCAACCCAAUUCCUGGGUUAUACUUGAGUUAAAUUUCUGGGUUAUUUUUUAGAUCCAUACCCAUUUCUUGGGUCAUAUGGAUUCUAUUGUAACCCAAUUACAUAUAUAUAUAUAUAUUGGGGUAACUCGGGGUAGCUACCCCAAUAUAUAUUGGUGGCUGGGGUAGCUCAGCAGGUAGAGCAUCCAAUGCCCAACUGGGGGUUGGGGUUCAAAUCCCACAUGGGACACAUCUGUAAAAACUGAACUACAUCCACCAGUGUGGGCCCUUACGCAAGACCCUGACCGCUAUGGCCUACAAUCAGUUAGAUAAAAGUACAUGGGAAAAUAGGGUACAGCUUAUAAAAGAAAAGCUCCCAAGAUACCCUCCCUAUAUGCAUUGGUAAUUUAAUCCAAGAGCAUGAGUCAAAUUGAAGAUUGUCGAAGAUUGUCAAAUCGAAGAUUGGAUUAACUUGACCCUUAAGAAGGGUUACUGAGUCAACCCAAAAUCUGGGUUAAUUUGAAUAACCCAACAUUCUGGGUCAAAAUAACCCAGUAAGUAGUCGGUCCUUUUCAACCCUGGUGUUUUCAGUGUGUAGAUUUACUUUUUAGUUUGUACAAGUAUUUUUUAAAGGAAAAGUAUUUAAAUAUCUCCUUCAUUAGUUUUGAACAGUAUUUGUUUUUGAUGUAAGCUUUGAAAUCGGUCAGAACUACAUUAUAAACUGUAAAAUGUAGCUACCCUUUAGUACAGGAAACUCUGGACCACCAGAUUUGGAUCUAAAAUCUGCAACUAAAGCAAAAACCCACAAGCAGCUGUAGCGUUCAAGCUACACACAAUAAUAUACAAUACCUGCCAGAAACGUUUGGCCACACUCCAAAGACACUCAGCGACAACACUUACAGUUUAAUCCUCAGUGUGUAAUCUUUAGAAUAAGCUGUUUUUUCACACUAGGUUGUUCAAGUAACGCCUUGAGUUUCAGUUUUUGUAUCAGUGUGUCUUCAGAUGAAGCUCAAGGUCAAAAGAAAGUCUUUUUUUUUCUGUCUGCAGACGUACUUGGAUUUUUUAAGCUCUUGUGUUUUAAAGCAUCAUUUACUUUUAAGUGAAAUUGAUCCCAUGCACUUUAUCCAUAUCUCUGUUUCGUUCCAUGAGAAACCUUUGUGGCUUUUUAAUAGCUGCUAUUACACAACCGCCAUCUGCUCGCAGUUGACCUGAUGCUUAUUUUACGCCGCGCUGCUGCUAUAACCACGGCUUUGUGAUACAAGCUAAUUCCCUUAUGUCAUAAAGUUUCCACUCUGUACAAUUUACCCCGGUGACGAUCUGGUGUAAUGUGUGGAUUAUAAUAACUGUCCUCUUCAUUAGGAGGACUGCUAAUGCUGGUGAAAUGUAGAUAAUGACCUCUGUAAUGUGUUAAAUUUAAAUGAUGUCGUAUAAAAAAAGAAUAGCUGGAGCUUAGAGGCAAUUUAGGUGUCGCUCAUACACCAGCUGACAUUUUCCACCCGCUCAUAACUAGACUCACAUAUUUCCUUCUUUGAAGACGUGGGUGCUCAUGAAAAACUCUCGUCAUCUCGUGUGUUUGAAUACUCAAAAUAGAUGUCAUGGGUGUUGCCAUCCAGACAGUAAAUCUUACAUCACAUACCUGAGACAGCUGUCAAAAUGUGACACAACUUGAUGAGACAGAGACACGAUAUAAUGAUUUGAUUAUAACGCGAGGAGACGCCUUAGUUUGGAUUCGUCAGGUGAUGGAAAUGCGCUAAAAAACAAGUGAAGAAUCCGGUGUUCAUUACUUUAAAUUUGAGUUUUGUUCAAUUAUUUUCGUUGUUCAAAAACAAGCUGAACAGCAUAAAUACAUAAAGAAGAAGUAAGGCUAAUGCAACAUUAAAAUUAGAUUAGAUUUAUGUGAAAACUUGACAGGGAUGCUUUCAAACCCACAUUCAUCCUGCUCUCAACUGUGCAGAAAACUUACAUCAAACUUUCCUGAACAAACUUUUUGAGAUACUGGGUAUCAGGACCUGAUUUCAUUAAAAGUUCUGCAUUUUUCUGCAUUUAAGCUGAUAUUUAAACUACAAGAACAUGAACUCUGAGGUCAGUCAGUUACAGCGAUGGAUGAACGUGUGAAGAGGUCCAAAGUGCGACUACAUUUUACCAAAUCUAGUGGAACAGAUCAGCAUUGCGCAUCAAAUCCAAACAACAGUCGUACCUUCACUUUCUUUCAGCCAACAACAAGUAAUCCCAAACUGCUUAAUAAAAAAGCUGGUCUAGAUCAGGGGUGGGCAAUUAAUUUUUACAUGGGGGUCAUAUGAGAAACCUGAGCUGUAUUGGAGGGCUGAACCAACAAUAACUUCAACUUCAAAUCAGGGGUUUCACACAUACAGAAAAGCAAAUAAGCAACUAAGAGUUAAAAACAAGCCCAAAAAAGUGCAGCCGCAACUCAUGAGUUUUACAAGCGACUUCUGAGAGAAACAAGCCUAAAGUCUUUUAUAAUAAGCAGACUUGGCAACUCUAAGGCGUCUACGAAUAUUGCAGAUCUAGGAUGUACGCACAUGUGUCCAAAUGGAAAUUAAACAACGGUAAGGUUUUCAAAAUAAAAGCAACAGACUUUUAUAGCAUGUUAAUGAUUUGAUUGACAGACCUAACGAAGGGCCGAGCAGGGACGUCCAAAGGGCCCGAUGUGGCCCUUGGGCCGUAAAUUUCCCAGGUCUGGCUAGACCAUAAUCUGUUUACAAAGACCGGAUGUAAAGAUGGGAUCAGACUGAGCCCUACCUUGUAAAAUCAAAUCCACUCCCAUCCCAUAUUCAACCACGAGUAAAACACUCUGCAACAUUUAGUGAGUUACAGCGGAGAGGAAUAACUUCCUUUAAUAGGCAGAAACCUCAAGUAGAACCAGACUCAUGUUAGACAGUCAUCUGCCUAGACUGCUUUGGGUUUUGGGAGAGGUGGACAGAGGUGAGACUGAUGCAGAAAGUUGGAAAACAGGCAGAAAAAUGUCGGCAAAAGCAGCGAUCCAGAGGAACCUACGCCAUGAUGGAGCUCAGGGAAAGACAGUGUUUGGUGACUCUAAUGGGACAUGAUGAUUCAGAGUUAAUGACACAGAUGGACAGAGGUUGUUUAGAUUCAUGUCCACUGAUACUAAAUAAGUCGCUGAAAUUUGUGGGUCAAGCAGCUUAAUCAAUAUAAAGACAGGAUAGUUAAGCUAGUUGGUGAAUACAGUGUUAGCAAACACUUGUAUCGAUGUAUUCAAUACAGGGUCAGAGGUCAGUAAGCAGUGUUUGUGAGCAAAGGUAGAGUGUUUUUACAUCUACGUCUUUUCACAGCCUCAAUAGUGGAGCAGAAGUGGUGGUGUCAGAUGCACCCGUGCCUUGACGGGGAAGAAUGCAAAGUUCUCCCUGACCUGAAGGGCUGGAGCUGCGCAACAGGGAACAAGAUCAAAACUACAAAGGUAAGUUUAAGACACAGAACAAUCACCACUUUCAAGAUUAUCCAUAUUCUUUCCUGUUAAAUCUGACCUGCCGUGUUUGGACUCUCAAGGUUAACAGGCAGCAGCUUCUGUUUCAUUCUGCUAACUCUGCCUUUAUCUAAAAACAGCUAAUGUUUGCAGUCUUUGCCCGGAUCCCGGGGGCCCUGUAAUCAAUGGGCUGCCAUGUCUCCUUAGCACUUCCAGGCCACUUUGAGCACCCAAACUGGCCAAUUACUCACUCCAAUUACCUGCUUUUAACAUUGUAACACGAUGCCUGUAUCCUUCACUGUUAUAUGACGACCCGUUGACUUCAGUUCUGUCUCUCUCCAUGUACUUAAUUAUUUAAACCACCCGCAACACCUGCCUGGAGCCAGGAGCCUGGAGCCUGGGGCUAUUGAUUCAGGGACUUGUCGGGACCUCAAAAUGAGCUCCAUAUGAUGAUUUCUUCUUCUUUUAAUGGUUAAGGGGUUUGGGGACAAGUAUCAAGUGAUGUCAGGGAAUUAUUGUAGUAAUUUUAAGAUCUUAUUAAAACCUAAAAGUUAAACUUCUCUUUCCUUUUUUUUGUCUUCUCUAACAUGUGUGACUGGAAAGAUUUCUGCGGACAGAGACCAGCUGUGGUAACGUCAGAUGCUUCAUCCUGGACGACAGGUAACUAACCUGUUUGUGUGUUCGCCCUUAAAGGUGGGUAGGCAGGAUCUGUGGAAGUGCCUGUUUUUAGGAGAAAUCUUGAAUGUAAACUCUACCCCUCUAAACCAGUUUUCCCCUCAGCUCCUCCUCUCCCCGCCCUCUCUGCUCCAGCAAGCCCCGCCCACAAACAGACGCUCCUGCUCGCUCGUAUCGUUCAAAUUAUUCAGAUAUAAUGCAGAGAAAUACUUCAGAAAAUUACAAAUGGAGCCCAGUCAACAUGAAAGUAAAAAGCAUUGGUGCUAUUGUAGAUGCCAACAGACUACUAGCAAACACAAUGUUUGCUGGACUUCUACAACUAGGGUAAAGUGACAUAGUCCAGGACCCGAGGUCAACAGUUUAGCGAUGGCGCUACAACACGCUACAGCAGGUCCCAUUGGACAAGAAACACUUCUGUUACAGACACUUGACUUACUUUGUUAAAGUGGUUUACCUGUCCAGCAGAAAGGUUACAGGGUCACCAUCAAUGUUAGCUUCAUUGAUUAUUGGUUCGGUCGAGAAGUCAUCUUGGGAGUUAAAUAUCGGAGCUGAAAAUGACAUCACACCCAAGUUAGCAGCAAAAUCGUUGGCCUGAAACAAGAUGGCUACAUCUAAGAAAGUUAUUUUAGCGCUUGCCUUAUAUUCAGUCAAGGCAGGAACUAAAAUAAGUUUCGUAGAUGUAGCCUUCUUGUUUCAGGCCUCCGAUUUUUCUUUUUUCCGACUUGGUAACUAAAACGCUGGGAACUUGGGUGUGACGUCAUUUUCAGCUCUGAUAUCCAACUAACGAGGUAACAAGAACUCAGCAUGACCCGGCUUUUUAGCUCUUGUCCGGUCUACCUCCUUUUGAAGCGCCUGUUAUUCCGCCAGAGUCUCCGGUAUUUACUUCGUUUUCUUGCUUGUGUUGGCAGUCGUGGCUAAAGGAGGAUUCAGACAAUUUUCCGUACUUUCUGGUUGGUUUCUACUGUCCGAUAUUGUAGCACGCUAACUUUGUUUGGGCUCGUGAACGACACGGGGGAGCAGCGUCUGCCUCACAACCAAUCAGGUUGAGGGAGGUAGGGAAUGGCUUUGUUUACAGUCAGAAAGAGCGGAGUGCUCUGAAAUUUUAAAAUGUUCACUACACAGACAUAAACAAACACAGCGGUAUCUUUAUAUUACCAAAUGUCAUCAAUAAUUAAUAGCUAUUGACUGAUAUUAAAAGUUUUUUUGUGUAUACACCACAAAAAAAAGCUUCUUUAAUGGAUUCCUGCCUACCCCACCUUUAACUUUAAAUUUCCUUCUUUUAAAAAUCUGUUUCUAAUUUAAGGCGAGACAUAAUUCCCAAAAGGAGUCAUUGAUUUGUUUCACUUCAUGACAACAGUAUAUAUAAUCCAUUUACAGUUUAGUGUCACCUUUAAUUAAAAACAAAAAAGGCAGACAUGGCUAAUGAUGUUAGUAACCGCAUUCAUUUCGCUGCGGUGUUACCACUCCAGAGAUAGAGAGAGAGGAGUGCGAAGACGUGUGAUCCACCAGACAACAACAGCCUGUUCAAAGUGUCGGUAUUACCCAGCAGAUUUUUCUUGUACACCUUUGAACUGCAGUGAGAGAAACAAGUUUUUAAGUUUUAGAUGUUUCUUCAUGCUGCUUGAAGCAGUGGGGGGGUCAGGCUUUCUUCCUCACCUUAUCUGCUCGAAGAGAAAAAAAAAAACAGCACAACAUAAACCUGGAGCUCUGAGUGAUGCUUAUCAAUCUGUAUCGCAAAUGUGUUUUUACAGGCUGGAAACGCCGACAUGAAUUCAGAGACACCAAACAGCUUAUUUCACACGAGCAAAUCUCUGAGAGAUGAACAGCUUCUGAUCUUAGUUUCACAAUCCGAGUCGUAUUUGUAUAUUAGAAAUCCCAAAAUAGCAGCCACAGGUAACAGUUUAAUUUGUCUACUGUGGGAUUUGGUACGCAGAGCUAUCACUCUCUAUUGCCAAUCCCUGUCCAUUCGAUGCAAGCAAGAUCUUUCAAUUUAACCGAGGGAAGAGACAAGGGAGUCUGCAGUGUCUUUAUUUCAGGGACACUGAGUUUCUUUGUUAUUUUCUGCAUAAAAAUAGAUCAUUACAGACACUCUUUGUAGAAAUGUGGUUUUCAGAGUUGAUUUUAAGAUUCUUUUAUCGUUUUUGAAGCUCGUAACGGUCUCGCACACGAGCCUGUGAGAGCCCUCAUGUCUCCAGGUAGUGGUCUUUUAAUGGCGCCUGAAAUACAAACAAAAACUCACAGCGAGGUAGCUCUUUGUUAUUCAGUUCACGUCUGUGGAAACGGUCUACAUGAAGACCUGGGGGCGGCACACAGUCUCUACCUCUUCAAGAGCAAACUCAAGACCCACCUCAUUAGUCUGCCAUCGAACUGAGUUUUACUAUCUACUUAAGUUUGAGUCUGUUUUACUGUUCAAUGUGUGGUUUCACUAUUCUUAAUGUUUUAUCUUUUAGUGUUUUAUUAUCUCAUUCAUUAUAUUCCUUUCUUUUACUCUCAAUCUGCUUUUUUGAAUGUUUAUAUUUUCAUUUUUCCUCCAGUGUUUCCUCAUUACGAACUCAGGCAUUUCUUUUAUAUUUGAAUCCUUUGUUUUUAAUCAUUUUAAUCAUUGGUUAUUUUCUUUAUAUUCAAAAAUUAUCUCGCCUUUGUUUGUUUUGUUUGCCUGCCGUUGACCUUGAACAUGAAUCAGAGUUUUGAUUGAUUUUAAUGACUUAAAUAUGAAACAAAAUAAUCACACAGUAACACAGAGGUAACAAGAAACAGCCAAGCCCGCGGAGAGACGACCUGGCCCUUUAAAAAACUAACAUUAAGAUAUUUAUCAUUAAUUCAAACAGUAGAGUUUGUGUCCGUGGAUGAUUAAUAUUUACACUGUUCUUGUCAUAGUUUUCAUUGGGCAGGAAGUGGUUUAAACUUCAAAUUAAUAUCUAAAUUUUACCAUGUGGGAAAGAAAGCAACCCAAGUACUAGACAGAUAGAAAGAUAUCAAAAUAAAAGCAUGACAAACAAUCAUUAAUGUGGUGAGAUCUUCUCCGAACAAGAUUCAGCCACAGAACUGAACAUGAGGAGAACUGUAAAUCUUGUUAUCUGUUGUAAGCGGACACAUUUAUGAAUAUCUUGCCUUUCCUCUGUUUGACUGAUUGUGUCGUCUUAUUUUGAAAUUUUCCGAAUUAUCGCAAUAAUAUCAAUAUUGAUAUAUCUUCUGGUCAUUUUAACUGUGAGGUUAAAACCUGAUAUCCUGACAACCCUCGAUGACAAAUCUGAACAAGUUUGACAGACAGCUGUCCAUCAUUGAGUCUGGUCCUGCUCGAGGUUUCUGCCUGUUAAAUAAGCCUUUUCUCUCUACUGUUAUCAAGUGCUUGCUUAUUGGUGGAUUCAGUUUGGGGGUCUGUGUUAAAGUCAAUCAUAAUCUAAUGUGAGAUAUCUUUUUUAUGAUUUGGCACCAUACAAAAGUAAAAAAUGUAAAUGUAAUCUAAAACCAAAUUUGGUUUGAUUGGGAUUUCUGUAAAUUCAUCAACUUUUCAACUCUUCAAAAUGAGGUUAUCUCUCUCCUUGCUUCUAGACUGAGGAAGUAUUUAUAUAACAAAAUAAUAUUUCAGACCCGAAACACAUCGAUUUCCUCCCUUACCGUCCUGUAAUCUCCUUUAUUCUUUUCUAAGUUUCUGUGCUGCGAUUCAAACAAAUGCAGAGCCGCGUCUUGCCAACAACAGCUUUAACAACUGCCUCCAAGUAUUGAUUUGUGAUGCUAAUUACUCAUUGGCCUCGGCAGUAAAACUUGAUUUGGACAAAGAUGAAUCUGCAGAGCCACCGCUUUCUGUUUUAUGCUGAUUUUACUGGCGAGUUUUCACGUUAAAAACUCCAGCCUCUAAAGCCAUACUGCUGAGACAAACACUGUUGCGCGCUAAUUAUACGACUGUAUUACAGAAACAUAAGCUCACACACCUGCUGUGUUAAAUCCUCCUGUCAGUCUUAUUUCAGGUGUGAAAUGGGAGGAAUUACUUGGCUAAUUAGAUUAGCACUCUUCAGUCACCAAUUAGAGGAUUACAGCACCGAUUGUAGACUUAGCUAUCCGCUUACUUCCGUGUCGUGUUGUUUCAGGGACUUCCUGCGUACUUUUAAUGAUCCAGCCCCCUUCAGUUGUAAGACACAGUGUAGAUCAAUCUCUGGAGACAUUUCCUCCGCUGACGAGACGCAGCUUCGCUCUUUGUCUUUCCAGCGUGGAAUUAUUCUGAAAUUAGUACCGCAUUAAUCACAGUGACAGCCUGGAAUGUAAAUGACUCUGAAAAGGGAGAAGAAUUUAUUGCAGCUUGAAGAGAGACCGGAAAAAAAGUGCUUGGAGAAACUGAAUUUAUGGAAACUCCUUACCCUGUGUUUGAUAUCAUUAUGCGAGGUUUCUUGCCAAGUGAUGGCCUGAUGGUUUUUGGAUUGUUUUGCCUCUCUGCAUAAUUGAAGAUGAUUUAUAAGACAGUUUGCAGUAUGCCUCCGUGGUGUCAAACGACCGGUUCGUGAAUUAAUCUAACCAGGCUGUCAGAACUGUCUGUUUCCUAUCACAAGUUCAGCAUCGAUAAUGGGGCCUUACAAAUCUGCCGACGGCUUCCCUCGAUCCUUCAAACCUUCACGGCGGCCGACAGACGCUCGGAAUCGAUAGUGGACGUCGUUAUGAAGGUUGUUAUGUUACGUUCUUGGAGAGUCUUAACCGGAGUGUACUUUUGGAGGAGCGGAGGAGCUGCCAGUCAGACACGGAGCUUCAUGACAGGCAAUUUAAUCUCAAGGAGAAAGGAGGUCUUUAGAGUAUCUGACAGCAUCGAACAAGAAGAGAGAAAAGCCAACUCUUUAUCCUGAAUACUGGAUUACACUCCGGCUGAUGGAUGGAUGUGCCGAUAAAAGCCUCGUCUGCUGAAGUGAUGUCGAAUCUGGCAGAAUUCAAAAACUUGAACUUCCUUCGCAAAGAAACCGCCACAACGCAUACAGCCGACGGUGUUCCUCUCGUAAGAACAAAAGACCUGAGAUUUUAAUGUUAAUGAGAAGUUUGGUUUUCUGUCAGAUUUCAGACGGUUAAGAAACUGUUAUCCUCCCUCCAGGCCUGUGAAGCGAUCAUUCAACGUGUUCAUAGGGUCGAUUAGGAGUCAAGCUUUUAUGAAAACGCCUGUCAGCAUUUCAAGCUCACAGGAGAUGAGGUUUGACUUGUUUCCCUCAAGAUGUUUGGUCAAAUAAAAGUCAGAUUAGCUUUUUCUUAUAAAUGAUUUGCCAUAAUGCAGACUGAGGUGCACCAACAAGAAUAAAUCUUGAUUUUGAAAAGUUGUGGUUUUAUUUAAGAAGGGUGGAUAGAGCAAUUAAUCUAAAAAAUAGGCUUUGCUGUCCGCAAAUAACUCUGACCUUUAGAUCGCUCUGUUAAUUGCUGGCGUCUUCCGAAUGGCAGCUGCGUGGUCGGCUUCGUUAGCUCGCUGGAGAGGCUGGAGAUGCUCAGGUGCAUGAGGGACCUGAGGCAGUGGAAGGUCCGGAUUAAUGGCGAGGCUGUGCAGAACACAGCAGGUCAUUAUUAUCGUACACACCUUCCCUGAUGUGUAGGGAAAUGUGCCACCCUUUGAGUCCGAGCACAGCUAUCUUGCUUUCAGAGCAGCAUUGGCGUGGGCCAGUUGGUCAGUAGAGUCAUACGCCACAGCUUCAACGGGUAACCAUAUGGAUCGAGAAGGUUAUACUGCAGCUAUGUAAAUACACUAUAUUUUUAGCGAUUAGCCUGCCUUUUCUCACCGCACCAUCUUACAGGAAACAUGCAAACACAAACUAGACAUAAAACACAAGGAUCGAUAAAGAUAAAAACUUCCUGGAGCUGAUACACAAAGAUUCAAACUACAUUUACACGUGCCCAGCUAUUUUCAUAAACAGACAUUUCACCCUCUCCGUUUACAAAAAAAAAAUGCGUGCACACCACUGCGUUUUCAGAAAAGUUUUCGUUUAAACUAACCCAUGUAUAUAUGCCAUCAAGAGCAUAUCAAACAUGUUGGUGGCAGUGUAGCGAGAAGCUCAAACCCACAUUAGCCAAUCAGAAUCUCGCAUUGCAGCAACAACAACAACAACGUCCCUUCCUUUUUUCUGUGCACAAUCUGCCGUCUCUCAAUCCCUGUUUUCCUCUGGGGUUUUUUUCCGUUUACAUGCAAACGUGCAAACAGAGUUUUCCAAAAUCUUCACUCUGGCUGCAGUUUUUAAAAAGCAUCGUUUUCAGGGGAGAAUUCUCCGUUUGCGUCUAAAUGAAGGGUGUGAACGAUGGUUAAUGUCUGUUUUUAAAAAUAAACAGGGCCUUAUGCUGCGUUCGAGUUACCUCGGAUGUCAGAUGUUGGAGCUGAAAAUGACGUCACACCUGAGUUACCAGCGUUUCAGUUACCAAGUCAGAAAAAAACAAAAUCAGAGACGGAAACAAGAUGGCUACAUCUACGAAAGUUAUUUUAGCACUUGCCUUAUACUCGGACAAGGUAAGUGCUAAAAUAACUUUCAUAGAUGUAGCCAUCUCUUUUCUGCCUCUAAUUUGGCUUUUUUCCGACUUGGUAACUGAAACGCUGGGUGUGAGGUCAUUAAUGUUGGUAACACGCAGAGAAUUGGUCCAACCCUGUAAUCUGUAUGAAAAUGUAAAGUUUGAAACUACUCUUAAAAAGUCCGCCUCUUGAACCCCGACUAGGAGAGAAGUCCGAUACCUGAAGGCUCUACCUCCAAUACUACAUUUAGACCCAUUAGGCGCCGCAAAAGCAGACCUGAAUAUAUACACAGCAAUCCUUCAAAAGUAAACUUUUUUUUAUAAAGCAGUUCUGUAGACAUGCUCUUAAAUCAUUCAGCUAUUUUUUUUUUCAGGAUUUAGCCUCUAAGGGCCACUUGCAACUUUUUAAGCCUUUAGACCCUUUUUUUCCUCAGAAGAUAAUGAGUUUUCUCAAAGUAGAAAACAUAAAAGUAAACCGCCUGCUGAAUAAUGCAUCCGAUCAUGUAGUUUCUCUGCCAACAUCUCCGUCAUGUCAAUCCGUGUGGGCGAGCGUCGGCUGUUAUGUUGGGUGAAAUUACUGGAGGUCAGGCUUUCCUUUUAUGUGCUCUCACAGAUUUAUCUGAGCUCAUGUCAAACACUCAUAUCCACUGACUUUUCUUUUUGUUACACAACUCAGAGAGGUUUCUAUCAGACAAAUAGAAUUAUGAGAUUUGAAACCACAACAGGAUUGUUUUGAUAGCGUUAUCGCUGAUUUAACUCAAACUCUUUUUCUUCUGUUACAGGUGAACCAGCAGUUCUGCGUUUCAUCGGAUCAUCAGAGAAAACGAGAGACUUACACAAAGGAUUUUUCUGUACAUAGAGACUUCCUUCUUUCUGGGCUGUGAUUAAUCUUUGGACAACGCUGGAUUCUUCUUUUUGGACUGACUUUUGGACAAUCAAAAAAAGAAGAUUUCAUUCUCCUCAAAGUACUGAACGUUCAGCACUUCUUUUCAAAGGACUAGAUAUGAUGAGCCUUACGGGACGGCAAGACUAUUCGAGAAAUUGUGCUGCAUUAAGUGGAAGCCAAUGAACUUCACCUAUAUGUAAAUUCUAGGAGUAUUUAAUCCCCUAGAGGGGAAUCAAGCUGGCCAGGAAGAAAGCAGGUCAAUUUGAUGUUAUACACAAAACAAAAUGGUUUUGUUUUAUUAGCCUGUCGUGACUUUCUCCAAUACUGAAGCGUAGUUUUCAAAGGUGCAGAUAAAGAUAGAAGUAUGUGUCUGAGCAGACGACAUUCAGGGUGAUUUUCAAAGAAAUACGCAAACACAUUCAUCACUUUUUCAUUCAUACUGUGAGCCGUCGAUGCAAUUUAACCCCUGCAUAAACCAGUUAUCAGACUGUCAAGGACUCCUGGUCAAAUCUAGUCAAGGUCUACCGAGCUACACCAAAUAUAGGAAAGUUUGCUGACAGCUACUGGAAGAUGCUGUUGCUUGAUUUUUCCUGUGAAAAUCACCCUGACAGAUUUGUUUCAGUACAACAGCUCCAGAGUUCACAUUCUCGACAGCAGCGGCGGUGUAAAUUAAAGACACGACAUCUGGCUGCCUGCUGGAUGAGGACAACGUCUGACAAGAUACUCAAGUUAAGAUUCGCUGAUCACCUUUCGGUAGGUAUUGCUGGCACAUCCUUUGUCUGUGUAAGUGAUGACAGUAAUAAACUUUGGUUGUGUAACUAAAG